AUGGCGGUACAAGUGCGAGUGCUUCAACUUGAUGCACGACAUGACUUGGAAACCAAUUUAUACAGGCUGGAAAAAGGUAAGUCUAUAUUACUGAAAGAUAGAAGAUGAAUGAUAUACGGUUUUGUGGAUAGAAUACAGAUUUGUUGAACUGAAGUGCUGCAUUAGAAUUAUUAAAUUCAGAUAACCAAGUCUGCAUAUCGAUAUUGGCACUGGCCGGCUGGCAUUGAUUGUUAAAUGUGUGUUUCGAAACAUUAAUCCCAAACAGUUUCAUAUAGAUAUUGACCCAAAGGCGAUAUCACUUGCAACAUUUCUAUUCAAUUGUCGGCUUAAAAUCGCGAAUUCAUGGUUAUUGUCUCUUGUUUGCUUUUGACAUGCUGGCACGUACACUCCCUAAUUAAUUUCAGGAAAGUUAACCCGGCCCAGAAUAUUUUACAUAUGAUAUUUGGAUUGAAUGAAUGAAACUUUGUAUUAUUUUGUAUUAUUCUAAUGAAGGGCCACCUAGUGGAAUUGUUGAAUAAAGCCAUUAUUAUUAUUAUUAUCAUUAUCAUUAUCAUUUUCAUUAUCAUUUUUAUUAUCGUUCUCAUAAUUUAUUAUUAUUAAAAGCUUGAGUUUUAAAAAAGAUUUCUUCAGCCUUGUUUGAUACAUUCAGAUACAUUUCACCAUAAAUAGUUAGUAACUAUGAUUUCACUCAGUGUUUGGUUUUAACAAAAUAAUUAAGAGCUAAGCUGAUUUGUUGAAUUGUUCAGGAUGGAAGCUCCGUUUCACCCUUGGCCCAUCAUUACAACCCUAUGACAUUCACUUGUUCUGCAAUCAUCCACCACCUGGAAAGCAAUCUUUUGAAAGAAAUAAGUAUUACGAGUUGGCAUGGACAUGUCCACCAGGAAAGCCUUGUGAUGAUGCUGAUAGAUUUGCUGAUCUGACUGCAUCAACAGCUGGAGCCUUCCAUUUUUAUGUUACUUACAAAGAUAAUGGAGAGGAUGAGUAAGCUUUUGGGUAUAUGUUUUAAAUUCAGACUUGCCAAGUGUCAUGACUUUGUUGUGAGUCUCACGAUUUCUCUUAAUUCAUGACCUAUCUCAUGCUAGCCUGAGAAAACAGCUGACAUGUGGUGCCGCUACCACUGGUUUCCCCACCAAAUGACAUUUGAGAAACGAGCGUAGAAAUUCCAUACUGAUGACGUGUCACUACUUAGAUUUGGGUAGUGCUUCUGAUCGGUCAUACCGCGUGGGAAAUUUGAUUCAACCAAUCAGAAGCACUACUCAGAUCUGGGUAGUGACGCAUCAUCACUAUGGAAUUUCUGCACUCGUUUAUCAGACGUCAUUUGGUGGGGAAACCAGUGGUAGCGUCGCCAAAUGUCUGCUGUUUUCUCCGGCUAAUCUCAUUCUCUUAUGAGUUGACAACUGAUUUCUCAUGCCUUUGCUAAAAAGUCAAACUCCAAAAAAUUUUUGGAGCAUCUUUAGGGGUUCACUUUUAGGCUAGAUAGCAAACUCAAUUUAAAGAAAACACCUAGCAGUUGCAUUUGAUAAGCAGUGAUGAAUAACAUAAUUAAGAAGUUUCCCCCAGUUCAAUUUCCUGACUGCUAAUAUUAUUGCAGCCUUGUUCCCAGUUGUCCUCGGUGAUUUUGGAUGUGAUGUCAUCUGUCAAGCUUGUCAGAAAAAUUCAACCUUGUGCUAUUGCGCUUGGUUCCAAGCCUCCUCUGCUUGCUUGUAGAGCAAACUGGUCUGGGAACAAGGCUGGUAUUAUUGGAUAUACCUGGCAAACUGAAAUUGUAGGGCGUGUUCAAUUUACUGUAUUCCGAAAGAAGAAUAAGUGAAAUACAAGUAAAUUCGAGAAAUCAUUUAUUUGGCUUUCAUUGCAUUGCAAUAUCUAUAAGUCUGCUUGAAAUAAAAUAUUCUGCUCUAUGUGGUGUUUAAGUGGUCUUAAAAUUACGGCACAAGAGAUUUGCAACAAAACUUUUGUGUGUUCUUAUUCUGGAAUACAGUCAAUCAAAGACACCCUUAGUGACAGCCCUGAAGUAAGUAUAGGAUAAAAUUACUCUAAUUAAUUAGAAGAAUAAUAUUUGUCAACAUUGUUCUUAUUGAAUUCCCUUGCAGGGAAAAAAGAACAACAUCUGGAUAUUUCAAUGUAGAUCCUGUUCUGAGAGUAAAUAAAGACGAGACAAUCCCACUGGAAUGUGUCAGCUUACAAACUGUGCUUAGCAAAUGCCUUGGUCCACUCACAGAGUGGUAUGAUCGACUCAUGGUCAGUAGUACAUGUGUGUGUCAGAUUGUACCUCAUUCAACAAAACUGCCCGUUAUAAGCCCUGGGCUUUAAGUAAUGGUCCAGAUAAGAAGGAAAGCAACAACAGCUUUGAACAUGUUGCAUGCAAAAAGGUGUUAACUUUACUAUUGUCUGUACUUUACUUCUGAUUGGCUUAGACAGCAAAAGUGAAGAGAAAUCUUCAUAAAGCAGUAUAUAUAUUCAUCCUACAAUUCUAACCAACUUCUAUAUAACAAAAUCUCAUCUCAUUCCGAAUAACAUAGAAAUCCGUGGGGAACAUGUAAAACUGUAAAAUUUUCAUGGCUAUUGUUUGCAACUCUUGUGAUUGGUCAAAAUCUUUUAACACAAAAAGCACCCUUUUAAAGUGGAGUUUGAAUACAUAUUUUAUCAGGUAAAUGGCCUUUCUAUAGGUUUAUGCAUUCUCUGUUUGCAUAACUGUCUUGAAUUCUCCCAACCCCUCCUGUGUUUAUAUUAGGCAGAUGCAAAAACAGGGAAAGAGUUUUCUAUUGCUAAUUUAUAAAUUAACUUUCCCGAGAAAAAGUGCAAAACUCUUGUUAUGGCACUGAUUAAGAGAGAAAUUCUCACCAGUCACAAAGUCUUGGACACAAAGUCUUGUAUGCAUAAUCAGUUCUUGUUUUGCAAAAAAGAAGCUUUGCAAAAUAUGGAUUUUUCUCGCUUAAAAUGUCAGCUCAACUGAAAGAAAAUUGACACAGCAUCUUAUGUAAAGAUUUUCCAAGUUUCAGCGGAUGAGGGAAUGGGUAUAAAUAGAGUAAACUUCUUGAGUUUUCAACUGAAAAACUUUUUCAAAUUCAUGCUUGCCUUAUUAGGGUGCAAAUAGCAAAACAUUGUGACAUCACAGCCAUGUUUACAUACUCUCAUGCAAACACACCUCUCAGCCAAUCAGAGCACACAUACUAAUAUGUUAGUUAUUUUAUAAUUGUCAUUAGUGACAUGUGUGUGUCAGAUUGGACCUCAUACGCAGACACUGCCUCCUAUAAGCCCCGCGCUUAAACAUCUUCGCAAGGGGUUUUAGGAGGGCUUAUAAACCAAUUAAAGGGCAUAUAUCUGGGGGGCCUUAUCCAGAAUAGAGUUAAGGCAUUUUGAAACAAGCUAUAUAGCAGUGCUGAUUGAGAAAAUACAUUUGCAUUUACUGGUUUUAUUCAAGCUUUGAAACUUCGUAUUAAAUCAAUUCAAUAUCAAUCAAUUUGCAAAUCAAUUAGUUCAUUUCAAUACAGGUUAAAGGGGGCUUAUUUCAGGGGUAGUUAUAAUCAGAUAAUUUUGUCAUUUAUAGGUGCAUAUGGUUCUCUAACUGCAAGGGGGUGUUAUAUGUGGGAGGGGCUUGAAAGUGGCAGUUUACAUUCUUUAAAUUACAAGAUAUACUAUUUCAAGCAGUCUCCCAGGGUUCAAAUCCUAUCCUCUAUGUCUGUAGGGACAAACUUGGUUUUAAAGAGACGUUUUUGGUGUCUUCAUAAACUUUCAAUAACAAAAAAUUGUCGUGUGUCUAAAAGACAAUUCAGAUUUAAUUGGAAGAAUAUUUAUCUUGUUUUGAAGUGCUGGAAUGCUCUUCUUUCUACUGGCCAUAGAGUAGGAGCAGUCACCCUUCUUUCCUCACAGUCAUUCCUCGUGCUUUUGUACUCUCCCCUCACAGAUGCUCUCAAUUAGCCUGCAAGUUAGCUCCCUAUUUGGGGCAUAUCGAGAAACGUAGACACGCGAGAGGCACAAGAGAGGAGAUUCCUUGGCCCCUCGUGGCUUCAUUGCUCGCUCGCGCAUUCGCACGAGGAGAACCUGCUCACAGGCCAGACCUCAAUCUACUGUGACUCAGAGGAAAAAUGAGAUACUGCUCGCAGUCUCCACCAGCUGGUAAAGAAACAGAGAAUGAAGUAUUUAUUUUUGAAACACAAAGCAUUUUCUUUCACGGCAACUGGACCUAUGGUACCAUGAUAUUGAUUUUGAAUGAAGAUUUACUAUCUUCCAUGUAGAUUCAAUAAUAUUGAUAAUAAUAAUGAAAAUGAUAAUGAUGAUGAUGAUGAUGAUGAUGAUGAUGAUGAUGAUAAAUUGUUUACUUUAAUUAGAGUGUUAUUUUUCAUAGGUGACAAAAGAAACAGGCUACAAUAUGAUCCAUUUUACACCAAUACAGAAGCUCGGAAAGUCAAAUUCUUCAUAUUCCUUAGCAGAUCAACUAGCCGUCAAUCCUGUACAUCACUCACCAGAUGGGAAGAAGGUUACAUUUGAUGAAAUAAAGGUAACAGUAAUAUAAAACUAUAUGCAAUUAUCAAGAAAAAAAAUCCAAAAUUUGUUUCUCAACCAUCUAGAAGUGACACACUUUUAAAUUACAAGGGCUAAAUUUGUUUGGUUUAGAUAUAUGUACUGGUUUGUGCCAAGCUUGUAGACAGGUUGUUGAUUCCUACGAUAAACUGUAGGCCCAUCAGCUCCCUAUUUCCUCUUAAUCUGGACAACACUAUUAGAUGAAGUUACCGGUAUAUGGCGAGUUAUAAGUCAUACACUUCAGUUGACAGGUGUUUAUUCAGCGAGGGGUGGCAAGUAGUAUUUAGAGUCAAAAUUCUAGAGCUGCUUUAUGCUUAUAAGAAUCUGGGUUUGGUGGGAUAACAAAGUGGGAGUUUUCUAACUGUUUGACCUGAAAGGAUUUUCUUUUACUAUCUUUGUGUUAGCUAUAUUUUGUUAAUCUAACCCCCCUGAGCUAUCCAAAUAUAGUGCUAUGCAAGAAAAAAAAGCAAAACAAAAAGCUCACAUUAGUUGCUUUGCAUGGAAACUGGGCCUUGAUCUGCUCACUAGCUUGCUUUUGGUCAUUGAAUUGACUCAACUGUUUUUAACCUUACCAGGACCUCCUUGACAAGAUACGCAAGGAAUGGAAGAUUUUGUCUGUUGUGGACAUUGUACUGAAUCACUCAGCUAACAACUCUCCUUGGCUCUGGAAACACCCUGAAUGUGCGUACAAUCUAGAAAAUUCCCCUCACCUCAAACCAGCUUUUUUGUUGGAUCGAGCUCUCUGGCACUUUUCAUGUCAGGUAGCUGAUGGCUUAUGGGCAAGUGAUGGCUUGCCUCCUGAAAUUAACACUGAGGAACAUGUUCAUCGCUUUGGGGAAAUCUUGCGGUAAGAAUUCCUUUAGUUAUUUAUUAUUUUACAUGAAGGGCACGUUUGUUUUUACCAGUUACACCUUAUCACCCCUUGUAAGAUUCCAGAACCUGGGUGUUGUAAUCUGGAAUUCAGCUCUCAAUAAUUCCUGAAUUCCAGGGACAAUAACUGAAUUCUGGAACCCAAGUUUCACCAAUCAACAAGUAAUCUGUGCAAUCCAAAAUCCAAGACUGUCUUGGACUACCUUGCAUAGGUUGAGCCUUAGAUUGCAAGGUUGAGACCUAAUUUUGUUCUCCCCAGGUGCCUAAGGCUAGGCGGGCUGCCUGGCUUAAUUCACUGGAAAAUCAUUGCCACCUGGCUUAAAAACCAUGACCUAAAACGAUACCAAAUCUUCCAAAAUCUAUUAAUUCCAAACACUGAAAAUCAGAAGAAGACUUUGAUUAUGAGAAAGCAGCUGCCAUUUAGGGGGCUCAGAAAAAACAGAAGAAUAACUGUUACUUACUGACCAAGUGAAGAACUAACAUUAAAUUCCCAAUUGCAAGACUUCAUCAAAAUCUUAUUCUGGCUACAGCAAGCUUCAUACGAACACUGUUAAAAAUAUCAGUCAGAAGACCCCCUGGACUUCCCAAAAUUCUACUGAGGGAGAACACUGCCAUGUGGAAUAGAACCCUACUUUGAAGAUCUUUAUUUCAUCCUGCAUUUAGGUUCGUAAUGUGAAUUGUUAUUCAGACUCGUUAUCAUGAUUCCCAUCUGGACUCCAGUGAUUUCCAAUAUUAUAAGAAAUUGUCAAGUUAUUGAGUUAUUGAGUUAGAUGUAUGGGUAGUUACUUAAAAACAAACAAACAAACAAGAAAAUACCAAAAUGAUCUGACAAAAAGUAGAUAACCCUAUUCCCUGGAUAAAUCUCUCUACAGUGCAUAAUACAGUUGGUUUCCCUAAUACUUAUUGACUGGUUAGUGAUUUAUGUUGUGGAUAGCACUAUCCAACGUUUUAACUACUGGGUGUUUAAUUUCAGUCAUCAAGUUUUGCCAAAACUGAGACUGUGGGAGUUUUUUUCUGUGGAUGUAAAAAAGACAGUGGAACAGUUUCGUCGUGAUGUCUUAAACUCUGGAGGACCAGCAAGUGCUUCAUCAAGCACUGACAGUCCACCACUCAAGCUCACAACUGGAAAAUCCUACCAACGAUUCUCAGCAACAGUAGACUUGGCAAAAGCUUUGGAAAAGUUUAACAAAGAGCGGUAAGCAGGCGUCAACUUUGUCUGUAACCCAAGUAAAGUCCUCUUAAUGUUUUAUAAUUAUGGCUUUCAAGUUGCUCCAUUUAUCUAACUCGUUCAAAUAUAAUAUCUGUCCAUGUAUGCACUUGUAAAUGUUAUAGCUGUAUCCACAAAGGAUUUCAAGGAUCUUAACAACUUCUGAGUCAAAUGUUAGGCCGUUGUUAACGGUGGCUGAAAUUGCCCUGAUUUUGCCAACCUCAGUAUAAGCUUUCUUGACCUUAGAUUCUGAAAGAGUGUUGUCCAGCUUUUUUUUCGUCCUUAGAAUAUUGUGCUUUGUGUUGGGAAGAAUUUGAUUUCAAGUCACUGGCAAAACAGGCUAAACUCAAGGAAUUAUGAGUUAUGAUUUUACAGUCGACAUUUAAGCCUUCCAGCAAAACAAGUGUAAAGUAUGAACCACCGUUUCAAAGCUUUGGCCCAUAGUUAAAAUCCUGUUAUAAUUCCAAAAAUUAAUUUUUUUUGUGAAAUUGAGCAUAGAUCUUUUCAGUUAUGCACGAGACUCCCUUCAGCUAAGCGUAAAGAGCAUUGACUUCUUUUGCCCAGAACAACAUUAUUACUCUUGAUUGACUUCCCAGGUCUGAUGCUAUGGAUGAGAAAGACAGGCUCCGUCUUUGCUGUGACGCUUUAAAAAAGCAUCUUACUGAUCUGAAUGAAGCAGUGAAGAAUAAUGAAAUCAAUGAUCACAUUGAAUCUGCCAUUAAAAAUGUUCAAAACAGCAUGAGAUAUGAACGCCUGGAUGACAAAGGCCCUAAAUAUGCAAAAGUUACCAGAAAAUAUCCUUUGGCAACAAAGUAAGUAGAGCAACAAACAUCAUUUCUUUUUUUUUUUUGACACAAAUUGGCCUUUCGUUCACACCAAACCAGUGAAUUCCGCUAAUCGAGACCACAUCUUUUUUUUGAAGCGCUCUCCAGAGUGGUUAAAGCGGCCCUGUCGAAUUCCGUUAAAAAGGAGUUUGAGCAACAAGGACGGCGACGGCAGUAGUAUAGAAGAGACCGGUUAGGCCUUUUUUUUUUGCGGGGGAAAUUUCAUUAACUUGCGCAGGAAUACAUUUACACCGAUGACGUCAUAACCUUUUUUAUCUCAUGAAUAAAAUGCGUAGGAAUCUCAUUAAGAUAAGGUCAUGUGCUAUUUUAAGUGGUUUAACCGGUCUGACAAGUUUUCUAGUUACUGUAUGGUCGAUAAAUGUCAUUGCUUUCGAUUGGUUAAUUAGAAAAUACGAAACGUUCUCAUUGGUUAAUUCAUGGUGUCUAAGAAGUAAACUCAAACUUGCCUGUGUCUUCAAAUCACUGAGCCGUAACGUAAUCAUGCAAGUUCUAUAAAAUGAGAAGGAAGAGGAGGGAAACAAUUUAAAUGUGAUGGUGGUGGUGGAGGAGUAAAAAAAAAACAAAAAAAAACGGCCCAACCGGACCCUCCUAUACUACCGGCGGCUCAGAAGACGUCACUUAAACAAGAAUUCGUGCUACCUCAAACUUUAUCGCGCUUUUUCCAUCUCGUUUAAUUUGUGAUAUGUGGGAAAUUUUUUUGGAGUUGAAUUCUGAAGGAUUUCAUCAAAGUUCAUGAAAGGAAAUCUUGUGUUCCCGUCCUCAAAAAAACGCGAAAUUAGGCACUCUCACGUUGUAGCCGUGCAAUGAUGGCUAACAAAUGUACAAAAAAACGUGAUGCAUGUGCAAAGUUGUUAUUUUGCUAAUCUAACCUGUUGCAUUUUUGCUGUUUCCUUUUAAAACAUUUGAUGUGGUUUCAAAAAUCUCCGUGAGGACUGGGCAUUAGUCGUCAGUUCUUUAACGUUUGAGAAUUUUUAUACGAAACAAUCCGUGCUUAUUCUCUAAAGAAAAGGAGUAGUGUAGGAGCUGCUCGGAAGGUCUCUCCUGAUUGGUCGCAGGAAACAAUGACAUGUCAUUCUUCCAAUAGGCCAUUUGCACGAUGGCGUCAUUUUACUACUACGACCAGAAUCUUUUUCGUUUUUCCUUUCACAUUUAAAUUUUGUUAUCCCAGUGAGGUUUGAAUAACAAAAGCCCUAAUUAGCGCAAGAAAGCAAAACCCUAAAGGAUUCUGGUCGUAGUAGUAAAAUGAUGUCAUCGUGCAAAUGGCUAUUGUUCCAAGAAAGGCUUUUUCACGUUUUGGCGUUAAAAUCUACGAAUGGGAUACCAACAAAUCUUAACAGGUUAUCUGCAAUAACAUAGCAAUGGUGAUCCUUUCACGUGUCAAAAAAACAAAACAUGAUGUUUUCAUGCGAAAGCUCACCUAGCAUUUCAUGGAAUAGUGAAUUUAUGAAAUAGCGUGAAUUCGCUUUUUAAGAGUCGUUUUCGCUACCGUCGUCAUAAUUUUUUUACUGCUCAUGAGCAUUAAAUUUUGCGGCGUUUUUUAAAUCCCGAAAAUAAGCAAACGUAACGAAAUAAUAACCUGCGGUCUCUCUCUUCACCAAGGCAACACGGAAAGCUGUAAAAACCUGGAACAUAAGAAAUGGAAGUGAAUUGGUUAACAAAGAUUUAACCUUGGAGUUAGCGUUUUCUAGUAACCCCUUCAAUAACGCAAUUUGUUUUCAUAUUCUCAUUAGAUAUCUUUAGAUUCUAGGACGAGAAAGACUACGAUUACGAGAUUUAACAAUCCGGAUAGCUUAAUUGUACAUCUUUUUUUACCCAAACAAAUUAGCACUGUUAUCUUUAUUGAAAGAGGUUAAGCUAUUUUCCAGCCGCAAAAUAAUAAAACCCAUAACACUUUAUAACUUGUGUCCGCUAACUCGACAUUCUCGCUAAAAUUCGUAGUAAAAUGCCGACAACUAUCACGUUUUCCCGCCAAAAUGACGCUGGUUCACUACUUAGUAUUGAGGAAAUCUCGUACUCGUAGUCGUACUCGUCUGUCUACUCCUCUUAGAAUCUAGGGGUCUCUAUUGUCUUAAACCUCCAGCUACUUUAUAACAUCUGGUGAUUGUGAUACCAUUGAAGAGGAGGAGCAACUCAUGUUCUCUGACAAGGCCAAACUUUGUAUGGCUGCCCAAGGCUGGAUAUGGGGAGGAGAUCCACUGAACGACUUUGCAGCGCCAGGCUCACUGGUGUAUCUUCGACGUGAACUUAUUGCCUGGGGCGAUAGUGUUAAACUGCGGUAUGGACAAAAACCUGAAGAUGCGCCUUUCCUUUGGAACCACAUGCUUCAAUAUACACAGAUUUGUGCAAGGUGAGAUGAAUGUUGCUCUACAAGUAGAUUAGCGCGUGCAGGAGAUGAGAGUAUUACUAACCACAGUCCUUAUUUUUCCGUAAGAUCGUGGGCAUCGAGCACCUACCUUUACCGCUUUACGGACGGCCAUUUUGGUUUCAAGUGUAUCGAGUGUGGCCUGUAGAUGACUUUCAAAUCUUGUUAAGAGGCAGGGGACGGUUUGGGAGGGGGCCUUCCUCCCCGGUAACCCCCGUUAUAGCUACAUGUAUAAAAUCCGGUGCACGCCAUCUGAUGACAUUACAUUAAUUAAAACCAAGAUGACCGCCCGUGACGGUAAGCGCUUUAUCUUGACGUUCUUACGGAAAAAUAGUGGACUGUGAACGGUCUAUAACCGGUGGGCAAUUUCAGUUAAGGUACUUUUCGUUUAUGAUUUGAUUCGUCAGCCAAAAUUAUAGUUUUUUGUGCAUUGAGUGUUGUUGUCUAUGAUGUGCACAGGAAACUAUAGUGGGAACAAAUUUUGUAAGGGAAGGGAAAGGGAAGCCGAAAAAAGUAUAAACGAUCAAAGAAUGAAAGAUGGUAAAUUUUAAGCUCGGUGAAACAAAUGUGAAAAUGAAAUUUUCACAAGGAUAAAUGAUAUUGAGAAUAAAGACCCUAAUAACAAGAUGAAAAAUGAGAUCUAUUAAGGUUAUAUAGCCGUCUGCAUGAGUAAGGUGUGUUGUUUUAUCAUUGCUGAUAGGAGUGAAAAUGGCAGUGAGAAUAAGAAUGGGAGUGGAAAGGAAAUGGGAAAUGGGAUAAAAUUAGAAGAAUGGAAUUGAGAAUGGAAAGAAAAAUCAGAAGUGGGAAAAUCUGUGAAAGUGGAAAUUUGAAUAAGAAUAGAAAUGGAAAAGAAAGUGGGAGCAGGACUAGCUUACAGAUUUUAUUUCAGAGAUUUAGUCUGUAUGCUAAAUACUGUAUUAAUUUCAGAUUGUUUGAUGGCAUUCGGUUGGACAACUGUCACAGCACGCCGCUUCAUGUUGCAGAGGUCAGUAGAGGUCUUAGGACGCAAUAAUACGAAGAGCAAACUCAUGCAACUUUUACGAGUUGCAUGACGAUGUCGCUCGUUUUGCAAUCCGCUUGCUGAUCUUGUUGGGCAACAAUCUUGUUGAAAGCAGAAGAGCCUUGGCGCAACAACAUUGCAACUUUAAGCAAAGAAAUAUUCUUGUGCGAAAACAUUUGCCCGCUCUAAAACAAGCAACAUUAAUUUCCAACAAUUUUGCAUGAAAAGUUGCUACCCGUAACACCGCACCUGUAGUACGUAGUCAAGCAGCUAAGGUGCAGUGGAAAAGAGUCAGAGUUUGUGUUUUAAAAAUUUCCUUGAUUGUGUCAACUCAGUUUUAUAAGAUGCAAGGCACAUUGUUUGCGAGUAAUCAACGUUGACAACCUUGUUUAAAGCUUCCAUCUUCCCUUGUUGAAACCCGUCCUCCCCAGUCAGUAUCACCCUGCUCAUCCCUAACAUUUUGCGGUCCACCUUCCCGAUCUUACGUGCUACGCGAGGUUCUGCAAUGCACGUUUUUCCCGUACAAUAAUAAACUAUCUUAGCAUAAGGAUGUACAUAUGAUUGAGCAAUCAACGAACAUUAUUUUGACCAGGAUUCCAUAAACUGUCAUCACGAGAUCAGUUCUGAUUCUUUUCAUCAUUUAUUGCAGUACUUUGUGGAUGCCGCCAGAAAAGUUAAACCAGACCUGUAUGUUACGGCGGAACUUUUCACUGGCUCUGAAAACACAGACAACAUAUUUGUCAAUCGAUUAGGCAUUACGUCGCUUAUAAGAGGUAUGAGAUUGCGAUUGGAUGUUGCGGUUAAACAGGGAGGUUGUUGAGCCGAAUUUCACUAUAAGACUGUUUUGGGGAAGCUAGGCUUUUUAAAUUUGUUCAGAGUUCCCGUUUUUCCGUAAGAUCGUCAAGAUCAAUAGUUUAUUGUAACAGGAGUUACCCUGGGUUCCCGAGUCCUUUCAUGGGCGGUUUUCGAUUUCGGUCAAGUCUUAACCCAUUCGCCCCUGAACCGCCCGUAACCGCCCGUGCGGAUCCAGGUCCUUUCUACCCUUUGUGACGUCAUAAGUUUUAACGGUCAAGGACAACUUUCUUCGCUAACUUGUGCAGAGUGAAGAGAUCUUUCAAACCAUACCAGAAUGAGCACAAUUCAGUCAAGGACACCGGAGAAAGAAGCAAAAAACCACGUGACAAGGACCUGAAAAUCUCCAUGAAAAUCUUGUUCCAUUACCCACCUACCUUUCCUUUCACCUAAUCCUAAGAUCCUAAAAGCUUUCCUAAAAACUCUUCCCACCAAAAUCAAGCCUACUAAAUGCCCAGCAAGAGAAAAAAAAAUGAGGCAAGAAAAGCGAAAAAAGAAGGGAGGAGAGAAAGCGAAAAGUAAAAGUCAAGACUGCUGUGUCACUUUUAAACCCAAAAACUGUUGAAAUUUUGCUUUCUGCGCAUGCCCGAACUUCGCAAGCUGAUAUUUUGCAUCUGGAUCAGAAGGCCGCCAAGUGUACGACCUGUAAACCGGUUUGUGGUAAGUUUUAGCUCUUUAUAGCACGACAGUGACCAGAAAACCACUCGACUAGCUUCAAAACGCGUUUUUCGGCAAAAUCUCCAGGAGCGAAUGGGUUAAUAGUGACCCGCGCGACUGCGGCCGAAACCGAAGCAUCCCGCCGCACGCGAGAAAAAACCUGUGAUACUCAGGGUAAACGGCAGGCCAUCUUGGUUUCAGAUGUACGGAGGGGUUAGGCGUCGGGGUUUAAACGCGUAAAUUUGAAAGUAAGGUAGCCACCUGUCACACUAAGCGCUCGAUCUCGUUGAUCUUACGAAAAAUAGGGGACUGUAAACAGCCUGCUGCUUCUUAACAGCUUACGCGGGAAACUGGGUCAAAGUUUGUCUCCAGAACAGUCCCAUUUUGUAGCUCGUCACAACUUAGACUACGAGUAGUGCGUGCCGCGUCUCGACUUUCUCGCGAAGGGUUAAUUUUCAGGUGCGCUCGCGUUUCGCUUCCUCUACUAUCCCUGAGCAAUAAUGAGGACUACUCGUAGUCUGGACACAACUCUGACCAAGUCUUUAGCGCAGCCAAUAAGUUUUUACGUCUAUAAAUAGGUGUACUAUCUGUGACAUGGAUUGGCGUAGAAAAAUACUUUGCUACGAAAACCCCAUUGCUCUUUGCGAAAAGUGCCCGGCGGUCCCUCCUCAGCACAGGCUUCAAGGGGCUUGGUGAGAGUAAGGCAGCAUUCACGCUAUUCCAGAUUUCCGGAUAGCCUUUCGUGGCACCAAAAGCUAUCUUGUGUAGUGUGAACAUAGCCGAAGUAGGUGCGGGUGUAUUUUUAUUUAUUUUAUAGACACGAGUGUUUUACUGAAAAAUAUACCACUCGUAAAAUUCAUAAAAACUUAAUCCGGCACUCAAGUGGUUUACUUUCCAUAAUCUCACACGUGAGUUUAUCGAUGACGUGAUUUCAGUAAUUUCCCUCUAUUAUUUUAUCCAUUCUUUUGGUCUAUAUAAUAAUAACAUUGUGGCUUGAAAAUGUGAAUUUUAUUUUCUCGUGGCAAAAACAAUAUUUUACUUACUCGCUGCGCUCGUUCGUAAAAUAUUGUUUUGCCACUUGAAAAUAAAAUUCAUAUCUUCGCUCCACCGUGUAAUAUCCUCUAUAUAGGUGGUUUUCACUUUACGUCAUCGCUGCCAUGCUGGUGGACAGUGAACAAAAGAUCGCUCAUCAGCUCACUUUGUUUGUCCACCAGCAUUUGUUCAUUUCACCAUUGUUAUUUGUGUCUCUCCAGAUUGCAUGAAAACCACCUAUACUACUACCCACAAACGUUUUGUAAUUUUCACAUGUAGGUAUUUCAAAUUAAGCUGAAAUACCACUUCUCUAAGCCAAUCAAAUUGCAGAAAUUUCUCAUGUAGUAGUAUAAUACUGCUAAUCUAGGCAGGGCAAGACUUUAAAUAAAGACGUUAUUAAACUACAUAAGAGCAAAGAAAAGAAAAGAAAUACAAUAACAUACAGAAAGAAACACCUUACAUAUAAAUUCAAGUACAGGGGAUUUUGCUAUUUGAAAAAGACGAAAAUUACAACUGGAGGUAUAUACAACAUAUCAGGUUAACUUCAUAAAAUAUUCUAUUAAAUAAUUAACCUUAAGAUAAUUAUCUUCAUUAUCUAGAACAUUAAGGAGUAGUGAUUUAAUUUUUUUACGAAAAUUAGAUAUGUUGAGAGUCUUAACAGAAAGUGGAAUAGAAUUCCAAAUAGACACAGCAAUUGACUAUUUAUUGACCCAUUUCGUUGACAGAGGCUUUGAAUGCACAUGAUCCACAUGAAGAAGGACGUUUGAUUUAUCGCUAUGGUGGUGAACCCGUUGGUGCGUUCAUGCAUCCCUCAGACGUAAAGCCUCUUGUUCCAAGCAUCGCCCACGCUCUGUUUAUGGAUGUUACUCAUGACAACCCUAGUCCAUUUAAGGUAAGUUUCCAUUAUGUGUCAGUAAUCAGGGUGCAUUUGACAUUUCUGAUCCUUGCACCAUUUACAGCGGUCUUGUCCAAUCGACUUUAUAUGGCACAUAGACCAUGAAAUAAUUAUCAUCUUCGAGAGAAGAUACAGAGGUCUCAUUAUAGCUUCAUUAAACCAUAGUUAGUAGAGGAGACUGAUUAUCAAAUGCGGAAAACAUCAAAGAUUAAAACAACGGUGCCGUGGUUCAUGUUGAAAGCUUCCUGACGGCACACAAUCCUUUGUCUUUUUGUUCUCAAUUUGUGACGGGAUAGAUUAAUCCAAUGUUUCAUUGGUUAGUGAGGUCAAAAUAAUAUCAAUGCUAUUUAGCGUUUUGCUCCUAAUAAUAAUUCCGUUAUUUACCCUGGGCAGUAUUUACAGCACUAAUGCUAACUGGGUGGGCCAAGAAAAUGUCUGAAACAAAGAAUUCAAAUUGAACUUAACAGGGUUAAGAAUCCCAACUGGCAGGAGGCAAACCAGUUGGUUAUUUACAAGCAUGGCCGAGGAUUUGAACUUGGGACUACCGAGAACAAAUCCAGCUGGCGGUCAGGGCGGGACUUGAACUUUGGACCUCCGAAUUGCAAGUCCAGCGCUCCAACCGCUCGGACAUGCUGCCUCCUAAAUACUUCCUCAUACUUCUUUUUUUUUUCUCUCCCCUUUACCCUCCUCUGUAUCUCUUCACUGGUGUUCGCCCAAUUCAAAUCAAUCGCUUAUCGAUUAGGAAAUACACUUGUUUUGUUUGCCUCUCUUUUGCCGCACUUCUUUACGAGUGAGAGACGGCCAUCCUUUCAUAUGGAGUGGAUGGCGUAAGCUACCAAAACUGUGUUGAACUUCUAGUUGUCGCACAGCUCCUUCAGUUUCUAACUACAUUAGACAUGUAUUUUUCACUCCCUCUUCUAGCAGGAAUCUAACUGUAAAACCAUUUUUGUUUUAGGUUCGAUCAGUGUAUGAUGGUAUCGCCAGUUCAGCGUUGGUUUCCAUGGCAUGUUGUGCCACUGGGAGCUCCAGAGGAUAUGAUGAACUAGUACCCCAUCAUGUAAGCGAUCAUGUAAUAUAUCAAACACGAGAGGGAGUAUUUCGCCCGAUUUCCAAACACCUCGAAGUGAGUCGAAAAACAAGGCGCCGGCGGCUUUUUUUCGCCGCUGACUUUGAGUUGUCUGGAUAUCGGAUCAAACCCUAUGUCGUGUUUGAAAUAGCCUCUCAAAUGAUCAAUAAUUCUUCAAAAAAAUUCAAAGCUACCGGUCAAAACAAUCCCCCCCAACAAUCUCUAACCCCCACCCUCGGUUGUGACUUUGGCCUAAUGAGUUUUUAAACAAGGCACCUAAGACCCGAAUCAUUUUGAGCAUUUUAAGUUUGCCCGAAAGACUGGUUAGGUGAUGCAUAAAUAUAGAUGGAACUCUGCGUGUGAUAAGAAAAAGUAUCAAUUGGAUUCUGGAAUUCCUAAUGUUAUUACUUUAUUUUCGCGUGCUUAGUCAUUUAACUUUCCCUCAAAGUGUAAUUGUUGUCACUUUUUCGUGCUUUUCUUCCGCAUAAGUACUUCCUUUUAAUUUAUUGUAUUGCUUUAACACGAUGAUGAAAACUCAGCUCUAAAAAAAACACAGAAUUCAUUGCACCUAGUUUUCUAAGAGCAAAUACUGUUAAUGUACAUUCAAAAAACAAACAAACAAGCACAACAACAACGCACUGUGAGGAUGUUUUGGUGGACGGGUUCACGUGUUGAGAUCCAGUUUUCCGUCGAGAUGAUCAACAGACGAAAGGAUAACUUCAGUGGUCCCACAGUGCAAUUCGUCAUAACAGCGAUGAAGUUAAAAGGUAUAGAAAGGUAAAAGAGUUUUUACAAUUUUACAUCGGUGGCUCGAAAUAGUCAUUUGACUAACAAAGCUGAGGUCGAAGGUGUGCUCAUCCUCCCUCCCCUCUCUUCAUCAGUGCUCCAUUUUUCGGGUUAUUAUAGCUGCGUAAAGGUACACUCGAAGCUCCAUUUUAUUAUUUAUUUAUUGGCAGGCCCUUAUAAUAUAUUGAUUUGGCCAGGGCUUAAAGGGAAGCUCCUGUUUGUAAAUUUAUAAUUUACCUGUGUCAGAUAAUAAACUUGUAACCGCUGGAUUCAUAUGACUUUUGAGGGAGGGCCGCGGCGAUUUUAGGGAGAAAUUAAUUUGCAAACAGUCCAAGAUUGAAACAAAUCUUACAUCGAGUUAAUAAUCUUAUAUGUAUUUCCACAAAAUCCCAAUUAUCUUUGAUCACAGUAGAAGGCUUGGAAAACAAAUUCUUCCCAAACAAAAUAACCCAACCGCCCACCUACACCACCUUUAUUUUAUCACACUAAUUGGGCAGCCACGAAAUGUAGCCGGUGUUCGGUGGUGGCCAAUGUACACGUUACAAUUUUUUGGUUUUAUCUCUGUGUCUUAUAAGGGAAGGCCAGAAUGAAAAAUCAGGCUGGAUUUUUUGUGAUUCGCUACGGCUUCAAGUUUGCUUUACAAAAUCAUGCUGACCGGUAGAGUGUAAACCAGCCUUUUAUACCUGUUACGUAACAACUGAGAUCACAUUUGUCCUGUUAUGAAAGACUUGCAUUGGCUACCAGUUAAAUACCGUAUGUUUAAAUUGGUUGUAUACACAUUCAAAGCUCUGCAUGGUAGUGCUCCCACAUUUAUUCAUCAAUUAAUCAGACUUAAGCCACAGUCAAAUUAUAACCUGUGAUCAAAUACAACACUUACUGCUCGACCUGCCCAACAAGACCAAGAAGACAACAGGAGACAGGGCUUUCUUUGCAGCCGUGCCGACCCUGUGGAACGCCCUUCCAGACGAGUUGAGAGCUUUGGGCAGUCUCAAAACGUUUAUGGCAUGGUUAAAAACUCAUUAUUUUAAAUUAGCUGUUAGCUUAUAACCUAUAAUAUUUUAACAUAGACUUUUUGCAUGCAUAUUUAUAUUUAUUAUAUGGAGGAGAGUGUUUUACUGGGAACUAAACCACUCGUAGAUUCCAUACGCCACUUCAUCCGGGACCCGAGUGGCGUAUUUUCCGUAUGUCACCUUUGUGAGUGUUGUAUCGUUCAAUGACGUCACGAUUCCCGCCUUUUGCUUUUGUUGAAUUGGUUUCUCCAUAUAAUAAAAAGAACAUUACACGUUGGCUCGAAGAUAUGAAUUUUAUGUUCUCGUGGCAAGAACAAUAUCUCACUCGUUCGCUUCGCUCACGCGUGAGAUAUUGUUCUUGCCACUCGAACAUAAAAUUCAUAUCUUCUCGCCACCGUGUAAUAUCCUCUAUAUAUAAUAUUUUUAUCUAGUAUCCAUUUUGCGUUAUUUUUGUUAUUUUGUUUAUUAGUGGGCUGGGUGGCAAAAACAAUGGCUUGCUUGCAGGCGUUCCCCUCCUCCCUCACGUGCGGCCUCGUCCUUCCCCUUCCCUUUCGAACGCCUGCCACGCAGGCUAACAACUGCAGGGCUGUCAAUUACGGCUGGUAGCCGGCCAAAACCGCCAGCUAGUUAGCCAUCCUUAGCCAACUACUUUUAUCUCGUUCUACCAUAACUGCUAACACAAAAUGAAGACUCUAAAAUUUCGCGACUUUGAGGAGCUAUGUCUGCCCUAGUCUGUUACACAGCCAUUUUUAGUGUCGUCACGCAAGGAGGAGCGUUGCGUGACGACUCUAAAAACUGCUGUGUAGCAGACUAUGUCGGCCCCCACCACACAAAUGUCUGUAAAUUUUCGCAGCUUUGUGUAGCUAUAACUUUGCUCGCUCGCUUAAGACGUAUCUCUUUCAAAUUUGGCAUUUUUACUAAUUUUAAGGCACUCUUUCCAGUGGUGUCGACGGAUUUUCCUUAAUAACUUGUACAUGUCAAAAGUUGAAAAAAACGUGGAAGGGUCUGUCUGUGCACAGAAUGACCUUUUCUUCAGUCCAGUGGAAUAUCGUUCAAGCUCAAAAUUUGUGGUUGACCUUGCAACAUUGCCAAACUGGGCAGAUUCUCCUGAAAGUACGUGUUCGUAAAAACUUCUGAAAAUUCGGGGAGAAAUUCUAAAAUUAUUGUGCUCAAUAUUUUUCUAUUGUCUUCUUUCUCUAAAAAUUUAAGAAGCUUUUGUAGCAAUACAUAUCCAAAACCAGCUGGAACCAAGAGGUUGAGGUCAAAACAAUCUUCCAUCACCUUUCUGUUAAUAGCUUCUGAGUCUCUGGCACAGUUUUUAUCCUUUAAAAAGUAGCUGAGGAGUCUGGUUACUCUUUUUAAUGACAUAAGCACAUGGUGUUUUGAAGUCAUGCCAGUCAACACAUUUAUAUGACCAAACACAUUCCAGUAUGUUUCGAUGGCAGCUGCAAAUUGUUCAUGAUCUCUUCUAGUCACCACUAAGGUCCCCCCCAGGUUUCUUAGAUCUUCCACUGUAGACCUUUCUACCGAAUUGAGCAGUUCGAGCGGGUAAUCAGGGUCAAAAAAUGCCUUAUCGAACACCUCAAUGAAAGUAGCAAUGAAGUGAUUCUUAAGAUUAUGGAAGUGACAUUUUGUUACUGCAUGAUCACAGUGAUGACCCAAGAAUUUUGUGACCAAUACAGGAUCAAACACAGAUCUAUCCUUUUCCUCUGAGGUGAAGAAAGCUUUUUUUUCUUCACCAUGUUUGCUUUCAAUAGUAGGGUCUUCAAAGAAAGCAGGUUCACUGGUAGGAGUAGAUUUUUUCUUGGCAUCUUGCUUUGUCCUAUUAACAUCUUGGAUCAACUUUUUGGUAAAAUACAGUGGGUCUUUCAUGAUUUGGGAUACUACUGCUUCUAAAGACUCGAGAAUUUCAUUGCUUUCGAAGUAGUCACUGCAAAACAGAUUGUAUGAUCUGACAAAGUAAUGUCGCAAAUACUUUGUUCUCAAGGCUUCCAAAAGGUUGCCAAGGAGAUGCAUCAUGCACUCAGCUCUAUUGCUGUCAGUCCACAUCUCAGGGCCAGUUUCUUCAAUUGCGUGUAGAAGGAUGGUCUUCAGAUGAAACGUCACCAAAUUCUUUCGUGACACAGUCAUGAGAUGGCUUCUGUAAAUCUUUUUGAGGCAACGGUAACACUCUCGCUGGACAUCAUUCAUCUCUUGGCUUAACAAAUAUUCUGCAUGAGAAAAGGAGAGUCUGAAGUCCAAAGUGUGAUCACCCCCGUUUGGCGGGGCCUUUACCACCAAGUGGAACCCUUCCUGGAUUACUUUGUCAACAGUCUUUGGUGAAGGCCAUUUGCGUUUUCUUUGUGGCCACUCCUCUGCAACCUUCGGCCAUCCCUGGCACUUGAAGGCAGGGACAAAAUCAACAGGACUGAGUACUUGCUGGUGAAUCGAUGGCAGUUCUUCGUUGCCUUCGAAGCUUGUUUCGUCGUCAAAUUGAGUUUCUCUUGCUUUUGAUACUGAAGGAAAAAGAUGCUCCAUCAAGCGAGCAUAAAAGCCAACAGAUGAAUCCUUUUUAUCCUGAUUUUGAUCGAGCAUUAGAUCAUGAGAGCUGGAGUCAUCUGUUGGUGGCAAAGAGUGCCGUCGUACAUCAUCUGUUGGAGAUGCUUCUUCUUUCUCGUUUACGUCGACGCGUUUUAUAUCAGUCAGAUUCCCAAUAUUUCCGCUUGGCGCGCCUAUUGUAGUUUCAAGAUGUCUCGGAAGUUUAGUUUUCCAUAAUCGCGCGAAAUAAACAUUUACGGGUAUCGCUGGUGUGUUUCUGUGUUCCUCCAAAUAACAGGAACAUUUCAGAAAAGCACCCGGACCAUUUGCAAAUUCUUCUACUGGCAUGACCUGUCCUAUAUCAUAAGCAAAAUGCCCGUAAAUUGCAGGAUCAAAACUUCUUAUGGCUGAAGUAGACACAUACUCGGUGUCUUUCUCAAGGCAGUUCUUCAACACAAAGUCAUUACUUCCUUUGAUUCUAACGUACAAUGGAUUAUGGCGUGAAUACUCAAUAAGUUCGUCGUGGAUCAAAAUAACGUUCGGAAAUAGCAUGAUAUCCACAUCUCCCAAAUUAUUUGGUUCGAGACACUUUAAGUCUUCAGCCGUGCUUCCGUAUAUCCGAAACGUUAAACGAUCGCCAUAUUCCUUCGUAAGCAUGUCUAACAAAGAACGUGUGAGGUGCUCGUAAUGUUCGCUAUGUGCAUGAGCUUCUUCAGUUCUUUGUCGUUCUCCCAGAACCUUUAAGACGAUAUCAAACUCCUGGCGAGCUUCCUCCUGAUCAAUAACAGACAUUUUUACAAAAGCCAACCGUCUUUCCCGCCGGAAUGUUAUUUUGAAAGCGAAACGAAAAUACUUUGUUCUAAUCCGCCCGCGGUCUACCGUUACAGCGGAAUCCCCCAAUCGGGUGAUCUCCCAUAGCAACGAACGGCCACGCCAUUGUUUACGCGUGAGGGGAAAGAAAAGCUUUUGUUUUAGAACCAAUGAAGAACGAAAGCGCCCCUGAAGCCCUCGAGAGUGAAAAACAUGGCGGAAAGGGUUGAGGAAGUUGCGCAGCCCAAAAAACGGAGGAAAAUGGAGUAAAUCCUCGAAUUUUGAGCCUAGAAAACGAUACACGCAAUUUCAUCGUCCUUCCAGCAGUUUUUAUGUCGCCUGAGAAGAUUGUGAAUUGCUUAGAGUUUUAUACAACAAAUGGCAAUCAAAAUUUUGAAGAUCGAUCCUUCAAGAAGUCCACUGCGCGGUGAGUGUUUUAUUAGUAAUUCGUUUCUUCGCGUGAUGAAACGCUAAAGUUUGGGGUUUUUACCCAUGUUGGGACGCCAUUUUUAAAUUUCUUCCCAAAUCACCGGAGACAGCUGAGCUUAGUUGUUUUUAUUCAAAUGUUGCCGAAAUUAUUUAGCGUAUUAAGCAAAGGAGGUAAUAAAAUAUCUUUAUUCAGUCAAAAACGUACAUGGAAUUUCCAUCGGUUGCAUCUAAGCAUGUAGACGUAAGGAAAAAACAUGUUCUAAUUGGGUGAAAACAUGGCAUGUUUUGCCGCCAAGCUGUUGAAGUUUGGGGUGGCGUUAGGCAAAGUAGGCAGUUGUUUGUCGACUUGAUUUGUUUUCGAUCAACAAAAUAUUCGUCGCAAGACGUUAAGAAGAAUUUCUGGAGUUGUAAAACUCCAAAGAAUAAUUCUUGAAAGCAAGUCCGCAAAAAUUAACUCGCUUCAGUCACAUUAAAAGCUCUGCUUUUAAUGGACUUGUUGUGUAUGGUAGGGAUAGGCUUUUGUUUUGUGUUGCUGUUGUUGAGUCCCUUUGUGCAGUAAGAUAUUACAGUGAUUACCGUAUUAUUCUCCAUUAAAUAUGUAAGUAGCGUGAACUUUGACUCAACAUACCGUAAAAUAAAAGUUGAAAAUACCAUUUAAGGUUUCUUCCACUUAAAUAUUCUGCUACUUGAACAGAGAAUCACAAAAAUUAGUUCCCACCAGAAAUUUCACUCAUCUCGAACCGCAAAAAUUUGUUCCCGCAAACCACAAAAAAUCGCCAAUCCGCAAAAUAAAACUCCUGCAAAAUUUUCAUGCUACACAGUAAACAACUUUAAACUUUGGUGCGACAGUUUGCUUUGACAGCUAUCAAACUUCAAAAUAAUGUUUGGCGGCAGAACAUGUCAUGUUUGGCACCCUAUUAGAAGGCAAUCUGUAAAAUAAGGAAUGGGGAAUCAGGGAACGGGGAAUCUUUAAAACAGGGAAUCUUUAAAAGUGGGAAUCUUUAAAAUGGGGUAUCUUUAAAAGCGGGAAUCUUUAAAACGGGGAAUCUUUAAAAGCCGGAAUCUUUAAAACGGGGAAUCUUUAAAUAUUUAGAACUAAAGGACACUGUUUGUUAAAGGGGUUAUGUCACCCCACACGCAUGCGCGAGCCAAUGAAAACAAACUUGAAAAAGUUGGCCCGUCUUUUUCAAGUUCUGUCGGAGAUUUUGGAAGGCUGUUUUUAUCUGUCUAAAUCUCAGCCAUCGCUAGCCAUAGUUAGCGAAGUUUUGUAUUAAGAAUCGUUCUAUGGUGAUUACAGAAUAAUUUUUUGGCGUUAUUUUGAAAUUGUUUGCCUGUGGAAUGUUUUUACGUGGAUUUGCUGUGUCCUCUUAUCAGCGGCCGUUGUAAUGGCAGAGUUAAUGACGGCUACUCCACGAUGAGUGAUGGAAUCUUUGAUGGAAUCUUCCCUAUAGUUCACAGAACCUUUGUAUUGAGUUAUUUUAGAGGUUGCUGGCUCUUGGAUUUUUCUUGUGCUCAAAAUAUGUGGACAUAUAAUGAAGCGGCUAUCGAGUUGGCGGCGGCUGUUUUUGGUAAACGAUUACAAGAGCAUCAGGCAAUGAGUUUCGUGACCAAACGAAACUCCUGGCGAAGGAAACAUUAUAAAAUUCGGCUAGAUUCCUUCUUGUAUUUAUAUGGAUUCACAGCAAAGAUAAACACGACCGUUUGCUCGUCCAGAUUGUUCUCAACGGACUUAGAGAGGCACCUUAGUACGAGUUAGAUCCUGUAAAUGCCAUGUUUUUUAACUGUUUGUGUUCGAGCAUAUUUUUGGAAAAUAGCAGAGUUUACUUUUCCUUUUUAUCAACGGACUGCUUAUAGUGGAGUAGUAUACCAAUGAUGCUUGGUUCUGUUUUUCUCGACGUCGCAGUGAUUCGGCACGAUCGAACAAUUUUGCGCGAUAAUGUAUGUUUCCCUAAGAUCAAAACAAAGACUUGAUGUCUCUUGUUCUAUCAGCAUCUAAAUUAUAAAAUCACUAGCGACAGAUAAGUCUAAUUGUUAAUGAUUUGAAACAGUCUUGGUCUUUAUCUUCGGUGUAGCGUCUUUUGUAGCUUGUUUGUAAAAUACAACUUCGAUUUAUUUUGUUGAAUAAGACAAUAUGUUGUUGUUGAAUUUUUGUUUGCGCACUAUUUUAUGAAUGGCAUGCGUUUUUACACCAAAACUACAAGUAAAAUUGUCGUCACAAUUUUAUUCUUGAUCUAGCAUAACCAGAGAAGAAACGUUCCGUAAAUUCUAUCGAAAUAUCCCUUAUCUAAACCCAUUUCGUUUGUUAACCUCUCUAAAUUCGGAGCCUUGACGUGACAGAGAACAAGGAGAAAGUCACGUGUUAAAAACAAUAGAAUUUUGACAGUUGAAAGUAAUUUGUAUAACCUCAGAGCGCACAUGGAGAAAGUCAUGCGUUAAAAACAAUAGAAUUUUGACAGUUGAAAGUAAUUUGCAUAACCUCAGAGCACAUGCUCUCCAGCUGACAUAGCCCCUUUAAGUUGGACUAACGUCUGCUUUUUUAAACAUUUGAAGCCAAAUAUUCCAGCUAUUCACUUUUAGCACAUUUUCUUGAAUUCAAGAAGACCCAUUUUAUGAAGGAUUUUUUCCCCGGAGAAUUUUAAAACCAUGACAACAUGAAAGAAAGUGAAUUACAAAUUUGAAACAAUGACAACAUAAAUAUUAUUUCAAAUAUCAUCUAUGACAUGUAAAAAAUAUAAUGAUAGACGCUUCGCAUAAUUCCGACUUCCGGUUUCCCAUUGCACGAAAGCGAGGCCUAAGAUGUAUCUUUGACCACGCUGUACUGUCAUGGCUGACACAACUGGAAGGUCUGGACAUACUGACUUACUGGUAUAAACCUAAAUCUUGCAAGCUUGGCUUCAUAUAGAAUUGAUGAGCUUUACUUUUGGCUGAAAUGUAGAGGAGAUAACCUUAAAAGACUGCCAACGAAAGUGGCAUGUAUUCAAAGGUAAGUCUUGCAAGUUUGUCAAAUAACCUGAAUAAUCAGUUUUCAAACAUAACCUUAGGGCUCCUCCUUAAGCUUACUUUGCUUUCUUUUUCACAAAUUAUCUUUAGAAUCCAAGAAUACUACUUUAAGAAUGGAAGAACAUCUGCUGUAUUAAACCCUCAUGACAGUCUUUUACAAAAGCAAUGGGAUGGGACUGAAACUGGAACUACAAAUCAGCAUGCUCAAGGGAGUUUUGAUCAAGGUGUUUCUUGUGAUAACAGUGAAGAGGAUUUUAGACGAGGUAAGUUGUAAACUUGCCGACAAACUGUUCUACUGUUGUUGAUUGAUUAAAUGCUUAAAGUGUGGCUUAAUUUAUGGUGAAAAAUUACAUAACAAAUCUGCGUGAGCGUUCUGUAAUCCAUCAUAUUCUUCCAAUGUAUUUAAUGUCUAACGGGACUCAUUUUGUUUACAGGAAAUUACUGAACCUCCUCCUUAGACUCGGGGAGUCCUUGGACUAGAAGUUUGGAUGGAUUGCCUUUGUUCACUCUUAGAAAAAUCGCUAAGUUGAAUAAGAGAACUGAACAGCUGUUAAAUGAUAAUUUCCAGUUCAGCAUUAGCUGUUUGAAUGAAGGUAAUUUUUUUUUAUGUUGGAGCCAUUUGUAGAGCUAGCUACAGAAAGGAAAAUUACAAACUAUGCUUUGCUACAGAAAGGAAAAUUACAAACUAUGCUUUGCUAUAAGAAAAAGUUAUCUUCAGCUGUUAAAGAUGCUUACUGUACAUGUAGAGCUGGCAAAGGUGUUUGAAGUAAUCAUGUUUAUGCACUAAUGAAGGUCAAUGCCAAAUUUUCUGUGGAAGUAUCGAAGUGCAUCCCUGGCCUGAACUUCUAUCCUGUACUAUAAAACCAUGUUGUUGGACAGUACCACAAAGGCGGCAACAGAAUGUCUCUAAAUCUUCAGUUAUGAACACCACAGUUAAAAAAAACAAGGCCAGAAUCCACAGGAAUUGCAUGCAAUUUGUUCUGUGCCAGAGCAGAACAUCUGAAAGAACUUAAGCUGGAAACACAGUUUAAGAAUGAUACUAUCCCAUGAGUUAUAACUUUCACUGUUAUAACUGUAACCGGGCAUAUAUUUUUCUUAUUAUAAUUACAUUAAAACACAUGGAUAUUGUUAGCAAAAAUCACAUAUUGGUUACUGACUGUAGAAAAAUAAAAGGGGUGCACUUUUUAAACGUCUGAUCAAUCUUGUUUGUCUAAAAAAUAAGUCUGACUCCUCCUCUUAAAUUCCACCACAGUUUGGUGCUCAGGUCACUAGUGAUUCAUGCAGAUAUGGUUGGAUAGUGAAGCGAUGUCAAUAGAGCUGCAACUGUCCACAACUGAUUAACAGAUCCAUGCAGAGACAGUGGAACUGUUCUGUCUAAAAGUCAAAACGUGUUAACCUUAUAUAUAAAAUGUUCCAUGUUUAUUCUGUUGGAAGCUAUUUUCUGGUUAAUAACAGUUUCAUUAGCUUCAAAUUGACCCCUGGAUCCAAGAAAAAUUGGCAAGUUGAGCCUCACCCCAAUUUUGUCAGUAAGACCUAUUAUGUUAAGUCCUUUAUCUGCCAUUAUUUCAUCACCAUCAUCAAACAUGUUUGGGUUGAGAAGACCACUUUUUUUUUCUCGGCCAGAUAAAUUCUCAUAAUAAAGGUGGGAAACAAAAGAAACACUUCUAGUGAGAAGCAAUUCCUACAAGGGCCUUAUAGGUGUCCCUACCCUUAUAGUCUGAAUACACGUUUCCCUUUAGUUCUAGCGAUGUGGGAGCUUCACAGUAGAACUCAGUGCAGUCUAUAUUGAAAUUUAUUAUUGCUGACAGACAAAGGUAAAUGAAGUUCACCCAACUGACAAAUAUUAGGCUGACUGUACUUUUGUCAAUUCUAAACAGCCACUCCAGACGUUAAAUGGAGAAGACUCUCUGUAACCUCAUCACUGCUCUUUGCCACUGAGCCAUUGUCUACGUACACGGCCUGUGUAAGCAUUGGGAACUGACACAAGUUUGACAUUCUCACCAUUCAUACCAGUUUCUAACAAAUCAACCAGUACAAUAAACACGGCAUAUUUGGGGAAACCAGUAUAAUGCUUACAUUUUUCAUCAUCGGUCAUAUUAACCGCACAAAAAAUUGGACUUUUGUCCUUAUUACAAAUAUAAAUAAAUAAAUAAAUAAAUAAAUAAAGUCUUUAUUCAUCAAGAGAUAAAAAUACAUAUCUUUUGUUACAAGUAAGUGUAAGAAAUUUAAAAAGUUAAAAAGUAAGAAAUAAAAAAUAUAUACCGGUAUAUAUAUCUAGUAUAUUACAUAGCUAAUUCAUAUUUAAAAACUAAACGAUUAAUAAAAGAGUUUUUAAAGCGCAUAGUGUUAAUCUUAGGUUUAAAACUAGUUUCUUUUCUAAGAUUGUAGCUGGAGGGUUUAACACGAGGCAUAAUAGAUAAAAGUGGAUGUCCUUUGGCAUUCAAAACUUUUUUGAAAAUUUUACGGUCUUGCCUCUCUAAGAAAUCAUAAACACUUACAGGCUUAGACGUAUAUUUCCUUUUAAAACAGCGGUCUAAGAAACAUUGUACGGGUGUAAGAUCGGACUCGGACGCGGCGUAGACAGAUAAUGCGUAAUUAAUAUUAGGUAGAACUAUAGUAUUAAAGAGAAGGUCUAUUUCUGACUGACUAAGAAGUUUAACUUUCUCAACUAUCGUUGGUUGCUGAAAUAACGGCAUAAAGUGAAUAUCGAAGUGAAUAUUUUGGGCUACAGGACGAUCGAGGCAAAUAACAAAAAUUUGAACCCAAGGGAAAUGCAAUCUAACUCUAGUUAGCUGUUUGCUUCGAGUUAACUAUGUCUUGAUUACUUUCUUUCUUGACGUUGUAAGUUAAAAUGACCAUGACAACAGUACAGCCACAUGGUGUGAAGUAACGAUUCAGAGUUUUUCUCAUUAAUUUCAACUAAACUGGCAAAAAGAAAAUAGUACAAAGGAAGAAAAACAUGCGCACAAUAAAAACUUGCCAUAAACAUUUUUUUUUAAACCGUCAUGUUUCACAUCCACUUGUCUUUUGUCUCACUGCCAAAUUUCGGCCUUUUUUAUGAGCCAAUCAAAAAUUCAAAUCAAUAAGCAAGUUGCCAUAAAAUGAGGAUACUAGGCACGUACGCACGCGAUCCGAAGAUGAAAAUGCACAUUUUGGGGUGAAUUUGUGCAAUGAAGUUGCCCUGUAUUUUGGUCCCGAUAACGACGAAUGUCCUUAUAGACUAUUACAAGGUCGUUGGGAGCAUUCAAGGGAGGAUUUUGGAUAUCACCCCAUCCAUAGCAGCGCGAAACUCUUGUGCCAGCAUUUUAAAGAUUCCCCAUUUCAAAGAUUCCUCAUUUAAAAGAUUCCCUCUUUUAAAGAUUCCCCAUUUCAAAGAUUCCCGCUUUUAAAGGUUCCCCAUUUUAAAGAGAUUCACCAUUUUAAAGAUGCCCCGUUUUCAAGAUUCCCGCUUUUAAAGAUUCCCUGUUUUCAAGAUUCCCGCUUUUAAAGACUCCCCAUUUUAAAGAUUCCCCGUUCCCCAUUCCCAUUGCCCGAUUCCCUGUUCCUUGUUUUAAAGAUAGCCCUAUUAGAACACGUGUUUUUGUCUCGGGUCCACGCUUAGAUGCAACCGACGGUAUGUUUUUGUCAACGAAUCUCGUAUUAACUGUGAGUAUAAGUAUUGAAAAAUCACUGAAAAAUCUGAUCUCUUACACAACGUGUGUAUUUGAAUUUCAAGCUUCUUUAGUAUUUUCCAUCAUACACGAAAUAUACAAGAGCUUAAUAUAAGCUUAACCUUUACAGUUAGAAGUAUAUUUGUCGCUCUCCUUAUUCUUGUUCUUCUUGGUUCCUCUUCAGAUUUCUAGUUUGCUUCUCAGGGAUUGUUUGCCUAUUUGCUAGGUGCACAAUCAAGUAAUGUUCUUGUAGCAUUUGCUUCAGGCGAGCAGUGUCUGGUUUAACCUUGCACUAUGUGAAAGCAAGCUGUUCAGAUUCAUGGUGGAUAGAUUCACCUCCCUGUUCUCCAAAAAAACCAAGUGGGAAGUGCAAUUUUCUAAUGAACUCUACAACGUGUUCCCCUAGCAUGUGCAACUUAGGGGGGAAGCUUGUGUCUUUGAACUUGCUUCUUAUGUAUGCCAUCAGUUGUUUGAUGUCAUCCUCUGAAAAUAAAAUAAUAAUACAGGAGUUUAUCACACAAAUUGUUUUUUUCCCUAACUGCCGUAUCAAUAUUUUUUUGUGUGUUUUUUUAAACAAGUAUUCUUAACGUAAGGCAUUUACUUCAGGCUCUUUCGUAGCCUUGCUUGAGUUCAUUUUAAAAAGGGCACUUGGCAAAGAGCGUAAAUAACUUAAAAUACGUCUCCGUUAUGCCUGGAGCAAUCUCACGCAAUUCAGGGCAGGUGUCCCUAGUCACAGUAAUAACAGCAUCGCAAAGUUUUGUAAUAUUCCUCUCCUGCAAUAAGACAGUUUCAAAAGUUUCCUCGGUAUUAUUGUAAAGUAGUCAUUUGCAUUUUAUAAUUUACCUAUUCCCUCAGUAAGCAUAUUUACGUGAAGACAAAUAUCAGUGUGAUUACCCACAAAGCUGUCGCUGUGGUAUGCCUGCCGUUUCACGUUUAUUGACUGGAGAGUUUUUUCAAGCUCUUUCAGGAUCUUCCCAUUUUCUCGGGCAAAUUUUGUGGUUGCUCUGAUGUGGGCAGCUGCAGUUUCCUAGUUAUGAAAUAGCAGCAUAAAAUGGUAUGAGACACUGACCAUGCACUGAUGUGGAGUAAAAGUUGCAUAUUAUUUUUCAACUUAAACAUUCAGUUCACACCCCUUGUUGAGCUUGUCCUUGCAAUUGUUUGACUGUGUCCAUCAGCUGUAUGAUAACUGGAUGUUCCUGAGCAUCAUCCAUUUCCAGUCUUGAUGCUGCUAUCAGGUACAUCAGGUACUCUUGAGGCGCAGAUGCUUGCUCCAAGUAUGCCUUAGCUAGCAUCUCAUGUUUAUGUGCCUGUCUUAAACACUGCAGAUGAGUGUCAAAGUCUAAAUCAUCAGGAUCUGCGUUACUUUCAGCAAGUUUGGUAAUUAUCCUUCCAUCCAUUUCCAGGGGUUUCAAUAAGCACCGACGGCCGACGAAACACGUCGGCUUCUUUGCUCAUAGAGGUCGGCUACUUUUUUUACAGAAAGAAGAAGCAACUAGUUUGAAUAACGGUUUAAACAAAAAAUAUAUAAAAUCUGAAUAGAAACGUAAUUAUGAUUGGUUUCUCGAAAGGCCCACUGGUUUUACGUUAUUCUUUAGUCAAGUGAACGCUAUAUUUCAGUUAUUUUUUCAAAAGUUUCUUACAGGUUUACGCAGAAUUUGUUUACGUGAUUUAGUUUUCAUCAUUUGUUCAUUGCUCGUAGGAAUUGAUUGUGUGACUACAUUUUCUUGAAUGAAAAGCACGCUCUUUAGUUGCUUGCUGCCACUGACUUUCUACCACUUCGUCAAGUUGCUGUUUGUAUGGUAUCGUAACCGUGAGCAUGUUAAUUCUUGUCCUUUGCCUGAAAUAGACAAAAGACCACAUUCUUCUUGCUUGAGUUUGGCUUCUCAACAUUAAAGAGUUGACAGCUAAACUUCAUUGAUGCCUGCCCAUGAUCGCUCCCAGAAUUUUUACUUCGGCGGAGCGCGAAGUAAAGGAGUCGCGACGCUCAGGAAUGUAUCAAAGGUACCAUUUCUUGACAAGAUUGGGCAUGCAAAGUCUGUAGGUUUUCGAUUUUAUUCGGUUAUUUGACGAAGUGAGAGCCGAACUAGUUCGAGAUAUCUCGAGCGAGAUCACUUCGAUUUCUUUGAUUUAUUCUUUAACUUUUUCGAGGAAGAAAGAAUUAUUAUUUUGGCUUCCCCGGGGUUUGAACCGACUCACCGGUGUGAUCUGUCAGGUCAGAGGAGACUCUAACCUGAGGGAUUAGCCGAUUGCGCUACUGCGACCCAAGGUAGUUCGGGAUAUGAAAAAUAGUUAUGAAAUUAUGAAAUAGUUUCGGGACAAGAUUGGGCGUGCAAGUUCGCAACGUUUCGGCUUGUUUCGGCUAUUUCACGAAAUGAAACCGGACUACUUUGUGUUAUCUUGAGAUCACUUCGAGUUUAGUCUUUAAUUUGCUCGAGGAAUAAAUAGAGGAUAUUACGUGGCCGCGCAGAGUGUUGAAAAACGUUUCACGAGUGCGCCCUCCUUUCGAACUGCUUUAUGAUGAAUUUAAAGUUACAAAAUGCUGCACAAAGACAUUUUGUCUUUGUUGAGUGUUACGUAGUAAAAUUGCUUUCAUGCGUUGCGUGACUUUCUUGAACGUUCUCUACUUUUUUGGAUUAUUCAUGAAGAAUUAAUCAGGGCAUGUUUACAUUUCACCAUGAGUCAGCAGAUUUGCAUCAGUUACUGAAAUUAUAAAAUAUGUCGAAAAGAUACUACUAUUCGCCCGUUAAGUAUUUUCUAGAACCUUAUGUCAAACGGUAUACAAGUUCCAAGCGAGGUCUCUUGACGAACUAAGUUUUUUUCCCACGAGUUGGACUGUUGUGUUUAGUCAAGUGUGGCGAAGGCCGAUUUUCAAGUUCUGUGUUUACAAGUUGGCGGAAGCCGUAAGAUAUCUGAAGUUCAAGUGAGAGUUUGUUAUUAUUGGUAGAGGCUGUUUAGUUGUACUUAAGUUCAAGUCAAGUUUGUGUUGGCGGAUGCUAUGUUUUAAAGCUCUGAAAAGGCUAUGUUCCUUUGGUAUUAAACUUCCUUGUGUUAAUCCGACAUUCCUGGGUGCUGAUAGUCGGUGAAUAAUUAUCCUCAAAACAUUCGAACUCGUAACAGCCAAUUUCAUGCUCAACGUAAUUGACUCCUUACCCAUGCCUUACAUAUCUUUAAUCAGUACAUGAGACUCCUAUGCUGUUCUUGAAGCCUGAUGUGACUAAGAAAAAUAGAGAAUUCUUUUUUCACUGUUUGUUUUGUUAGACUUGUUAUUCACCGCCAGUAACCUCAUAUUUGACUUAGGUCUAAACGUUUAGACCCAAGUCAAAUUUAGAAGGAUUUGUAUGGAGUCACCAGAGCAUAACUGGGCUAAUAUCUCAGAGACAAUUUGUCCCGAAAUGCUAGUUUUUGGCAAGUAGGCCUCUUGGAUGUUGCUCUUUUCAGAAUAUCCUGACAAAUCCCAUAAUUUCACUAAUUAACACCUUACUCUUACCAUAUUUCAUUUUUUACUAUUCCUCCGCAUUUACAAUUAAUCAGUUCCACGACCACGACGCCGAAGUGUACGCUCCGUAGCGUCUUGGUACAUAAAUUUCGUCCUCAGGAAUGUUUCCAUCAUGCCAGGUGAGAAGCUUAGCCCUGGAAAGAUAAUGAUAGUAUAACACAAAAUCAUGCCAACCCAAUAUGUUGUAUCAAAACUUUGUUGUUGUCUAAUGUCAAAAUGUUAAUUUUAACAAUAACAAUAGGGUGUAUUUACUUGGAAUGGCUGUCAAUGAAGCUUGUUAUCUUCUCCUUGAUGUCCAUUACCAUAUUGAUAUUGCCCCAAAGUCUAAUAAGCUGUUCAGAUGCAAGUAUAUGAAUUGCAGUCCAUUUUUUAAGAACCUGCGUAAUUUAUUUAAGUCGAAACCAUGGUAGUCCUAUGUCAGCCUUCAUUGCUAGGGCCUCUCCCUCUUGGACUUCCAGGAACAAAUCUUUCCCUUGUGCCUCCUCAAGAAGCUCCUGACACUUCUUUUUCUGGGUUCGGACUUGGUGGAUGAGGUGGAGAGUAGACUUCCCUUUGCUCACAGCCGUUCCAAUAUCUCCAAGGGCCUUAGUCACGUUUAGUCCGUUUCCGUAACUGUCGCUAGCUUACUUCAUCACUGGCUUUUUGUGGCUGUGGCACUGCAACUACCCUUAUAGGCUGAAAAAUGAUACAAAUAAAUACUUUCACAUUUUGUGUUAUUAAUUGACUGAAUUUGUACUUUAAACAGCGAAAACAAAUUGCUGUAGCGUUCCUCCUGUUUUAAGCAAGGCUGUUUUUUCAGCAGCUGAUGACUUCAUUUUUGACUUGAGAAACAAAACUCCUCAUGCGCUCAAUUUCAGGACUGAUCUCCCCUUUGGAAAUCUGCCUCUUCGCCUCCUUCGGAGUGACUGAAGGGGAUUCUGCUGUGUUAGGGGCUGGGGCAGGGUUUGGGGCAAUAUUAAACUGCCCAGCAACAAUCUGGCCAGGGUAUGUCCUUACAAAUAGGGCAUUUAAAGUCCUCUUUAACUUCGUCACAAAAUUGAAAGUUAUUCGGUUCUUCAAAGCGUUACGUAAUUGUACUGCCUGAUUUGACUUCUUCUAUUUUGCGAGCAAUAAUAAAAGACGGGUGCUUGAAUGCGAGUUUGGGUAAGGUAACAGAGGUUGCAGAACCUGGCGGGGUGUAUUUGAGGGUCAUCUUUUGAGACAUUAACUCCAAAAUUCUGAAUUACGAAUUCCCUUUUUUCCGCACAUUAAUGACUCGUUUCGUAAAGAUCAUGAAAUUUAGCGACAAACCCAGCACAUAGACGGCACAGUCUCUCUAAAUUUUGAUUGUGCUCUUCUUGACCUUGAAUCGCGGAGGCCAUGUUGGUCAUGUUGUGAUCGAAGAGCUUGGAAAGCGAUAAAAAGUUGGCUGUUACUCGCGAAGACGAAUUACUAAUAAAAAUCUGAGCUGGGAAUCAUGUAAGCUAAAUGUUAUUCUACUUAUCUGAAAGGUUCUUUUUAACUUGAAAACUCUGAGGAGUCAAUAAUGUCGCAACAAAGUUCCUUUAUUGAGUUUAUUUGUCAAUCGCGCGUUCGCCGCCAUGCACGCUCAGGGCAAAAAAUAAAACUUCGUGACGGCCCAAAUUACACACACACACUGGGCCAUUCUUCUUAACACUGUGUCUUUAUUACCAUAGCUUUUCAAAAAUAGCUAAUGCGCAUACUUUUCUUUCAUCACCUAUUACCACGCAUUUUGUCUGUUGAGUAUAAGGUGGCUCGACUGGAUUUUUUGGGGUUGAUACCUCCCAAGUUUGAGCAUUAACUACGUCGGCACGAGUAAAGAUAUCGAAAAAAGGUUACCACAACUGUAUUACAUAAAGAUGAAAAUUUCUUAUGAUCUGGGUUUUAUUGCAAUCAGAGUCGCCAUGGCAACGUAAUGACGCCAUUACGUUUUUCAUUUAUCCUUGUUUUUCUCUGUACCAGGAGUUUUUUGAAGAAAUCGCUUAAGGGAGUAUGUAGCUGCCAUAAUUGCCUCCAUUAUGGCAAAGUUUGAAAAAAUUCUAUGAGAGCGUUUUCGAAAUAUUUCGAAAUGCAGUUUUAAGAAUCAUCAAAGCAGUGAAAUAGGAUGUUAGCCGCUCAAUUCGCUGAUAUUUUAAGAAAAUGAUAAGCUUUGGGAACGCGGCUUCAUCUCAUAGUGGUUUGUUUCCAUUGAAAACUGCAUACAAAAAAAGAGGGGAAUUGCUCUGGGCGAUCGCGAGUAAGAAGAAUUUUAUUAACUUGCAUUCAGCUGCUUUUUAUACAAUUUUUGGAGGUAAUUUGGUCCAUGCCUAAAAAUUUCAAAUUUUUUCAAAAACCGCUCGAUAAAUUUUUUUAUAAGUUGGACAAUUCCGAGAUCAAUCGUCAAGAAAUAUUCCCUGCAAGUUUCAAGAACAUUGAAAACAGGGAAGGCUUUUAAAUAGGGACUCAAACAUAACCAAUUUUCCCCCCAGAUUUUGUGUUUACAAGUGAGCGUCUUCAUUAUUCACUGGCAUUGUUUUCAAGUUUCAUAUGCACGUGCACAACUAGCAAAAAAUAUAAAUUUGCAUCAAAAAGAACUCUCGAUUACUUUCCGAAGAAAUAUCCGGUAUAUCCUAUAAAUAAUUGGCUUGUCGUCACAGAUAGCAGUGAGAGCCGAAACGGUGAACGUCUCGGUCCAUCGUGUAGGAUGCAAUACUUAAUUAACUUACUCGGGUUAUAACGUCACAGAAACUCUCACAAAGAGUUGCUCUGAUGUUAAAAUGUAUCAUUAAUCUCUUUACCCGGUAAUUAGCAUAUCCCGAAGAUUUACCCGAGGGUCCUUUUUGAUGCAAAUUCUAUCUUUUUGCUAAAUGUGCACGUGUAUAUGAAACUUGAAAACAAUGCCAGUGAAUAAUGAGGACGCUCACUUGUACACACAAAAUCUGGGGGAAAAUUGGCUAUAUUUGAGGCCCUAUUUAAAAGCCUUCCCUGUUUUCAAUGUUCUUAAAACUUGCAGGGAAUAUUUCGUGACGAUUGAUCUCGGAAUUGUCCAAUUUAUAAAAAAAUUUAUCGAGCGGUUUUUGGAAAAAUGCGAAAUUUUUAGGCAUGGACCAAAUUACCUCCAAAACCUGUAUCCAAAGCAGCUGAAUGCAAGUUAAUAAAAUCCUUCUUACUCGCGAUCGCCCCGAGCAAUUCCCCUCUUUUUUUGUAUGCAGUUUUCAAUGGAAUCAAUCCACCAUGAGAUGAAGCCGCGUUCCCAGAGCUUAUCAUUUUCUUAAUAUAUUAGCGAAUUGAGCGGCUAGCAUGCUAUUUCACUGUUUUUAUGAUUCUUAAAACUGCAUUUCAAAAUAUUUCGAAAACGCUCUUAUAGAAUUUCUUCAAACUUUGCCAUAAUGGAGGCAAUUAUGGCACCUACACACUCCCCUAAGCGAUUUCUUCAAAAAACUCCUGGUACAGAGAAAAACAAGAAUAAAUGAAAAACGUAAUGGCGUCAUUACGUUGCCAUGGCGACUCCGAUUGCAAUAAAACCCAGAUCAUAAGAAAUUUUUAUCUUUAUGUAAUACAGUUGUGGUAACCUUUUUUCGAUAUCUUUACUCAUGCCGACGUAGUUAAGGCUCAAACUUGGGAGGUAUCGCCCUAAAAAAAUCCAGUCGAGCCACCUUAACAGCGGCUAUAAUGAUUGACUACGCGCAAAGUUAAUAAUGCGCGGUCGCCUAGCUAAUUUCCUCUGAGGGCCCUCUGAAGCGACGCGAGGAAGUGAUACUAUCAGAAAAUCUGCUGGUAGAAAUUUGAAGCAUUUCCUUACAAUGAAAUACCCUGCGUCACAGACAGCCUAAAAAAUCCGUACAAUCCGCUAGUGAUUGUUAGAUUUGUCUUGCGAUUGGACAUUCACUUUUGUAAACAGAUUAAGGUAUACUCCGCAAUGCUAUAAAACAUGUUUGUACGGCCAUUAUGAUGAUAGAGGCUCAUGAUAAGAAAUUAAAGAAGAAUAAUCUGCUUCGCAUGUCGAAAGUUUAAACGAGGCUAUGUGUCAUUCAUACGUUUUUGAAAAUAGUCACGAAAGGGUAUUGGCUGGUAUCGCUCGCGAAGGGAUUCAGGGCUCGGGGGGAAACAAGGGUUGUUUGGGUAGAGGUGUGCCGCUGAGCCCUUCAAACCCUAAAACAAAAAUCGAUCAUUUCGAUAAAGGACCUAGAUUCAUUUCGUCUCGCACACAGAAUUAGUCUGUCUCGUUUUAACAAACAUCAAAGAAUUGAUUUAAAACAAUUGUUGGUACCACUCAUGUAGACCGUUCACAAGUCGUCGACCGUUACACUCUUUACACUCUUUUUUAAGCCUUCAAGUCCAAAAAGACCCCCUGUUCAAGACGAUAAAAAGUGAAAUUGAAAACCCUAUUUAAGGCUCAAUAACCUGACUCUUGUUAGCGGCACAUACCCGUCUAGGCCAAAUAAGGCAGUGCCCCCCGGAGUGAGAAACUCACAACAACCUCCUCGAACCCAAGUUACUAGUUUUUGUAUGAGAAUUUACGGAGGGUCCAGAGUAGUAAAAUUUGUCGUGGUAACAUCCAAAACUCUAUUUGAAAACCCAUUCACAGGAAGACCUUAGAUAACAAUGACCUCAACCAGGCUGGCGUCCAGCGGUUUCAGUGAAAACGAGGGUUUGAGUGAGGCGCUCAUUCUCCCGGGCUCAUUAAACCUGGUCUCGGUCAUUGAUAUUUAAGGAUUUUCCCUUUCAUAAUGAUCAUUUCGAUCACGCAGUAAUUGCGUUUCAUUCAAGUUACGCAACAUACAGUACCGCAGACCUAAAGGAAGACGUCAAGAUCGGCUUAAAGUAUGAUACUGACGUUCGUUCCCACCGUUAAAUGCGUCUAAACGAUGCACUCAAAAGAAGACGUUAAUGUCGUCAGACAAUGUCCCUAGCAUAAUAACGACCAAUGUCGUCAGACGUUAAAUGCGUUUGUCUUAUUUACCGUUUUUACACUAGACGUUAAAGACGUCUUAUGACGACUUAAACGUCUCGGACGACUUUAACGUCUCUAGCCCAAAACCGGUCAUUGUGGUGUUUUAAAAGUAAGAUGAAAAAGAAAAUGAUUCUUAGACCCUCCUACUUCUAGGUGUGUGCCAUUUUUUUAAAAAAAAUCCCUCAAUUCUUGGUUUUCACAUGACGUCGUUAAAAUUCAAAAAUAGAGAAUAAUCGAUCCUCCUUAGUUUUUACUUUCCUUAAGAGUUAGAGCGGCUACAAACGUAAAUUUUUGCAAAUCAUUUUCACUUCAAAAGGGUUCUUCGUUUUGUGAUAAAGUACGCUUGAAUUUCUAACCUUCGCGUGACAUGGCUUUUAUGUGUGGCGGCCAAGAGAGCUGUCAUGUAUGUCAAAAAGUGACUUAUUUGGGGAGAUUUUGCAAAUACAAAUAUUUUUCUUUACGAAUAUUUUUGUCUUUAGAUCCACGUGGUAAAUGAAGAUCGUUAUUACCUCUCCUGGCCAAGUAAAACUUCCAAACUCAAGGGAAAAGCGUUUCUCAAGGAAACUGAUGGCAUUCUGUCCGCUAAACGAGCCAUUAAUGAGUUACACAGGUGGCUUGGCGAACAGGGAUACUCACAGGUCAGUAGCAUAUUCCAGCACAGUUAACCCAACCACGGCGGUCCUAUUUCCUUUCUUACGACCGAGUUGUGUGGGUCUGUUAGGAGGGAGAAGUCGACCAUAGAACUGUAACAAAUUUGUUCUCUACAAUCGGCGGCAAAACAAAAUUAGUUCAGACACUUUACUUAAAGAGCCUUUCUGAGGUGUUACUGACUUCAAGAGGGGAAAUUCAAGUUUUCACUCCCUCAUCCAUUCCAAGUAAUGUUGUGCCGCUGUUCGAACUACCUGCAUCUAGAAGACACGUAACUCCCAAAAUUUGAAUGUUAGGGGAGGGGAAGGUUGCAAAUUGUUUUGUUCAUCGAAGUACCCCAUAUGAGGACAGUUUCUCGGUAGUUUCACCAACGAUUAUAGUGAGAGACUUCUUUUUAAUGGUCACGCGUUAGGAUCUCACACGUUAGCUCCAUGAAAUAAAAAGUCACGGCAAAUACUGCUCAGCACCUUUCAGUUAAAUGGUCACACCUCGGGGUAUCAUCUACAGACGUAAAAGUUAGAAACACCUUUUACUUUUGUACAGUAUAAAACAGUAAUGUAAUAAAUAGCAUGACACUAAAGUUUUCCAUAAUAUACACCUAACUUAGUGUUAUGCUAUUAUUCACGAAGAUUGCUUUAGCAAUUGGGCAUAGUGCAAUUGGUUCCAAGUGGGAGAACCCUGGGAACGAGGUUGGCGCGAAAUAUGUUCUGGAGGUCGUUGGUUCGUGAGUCGGGGACUCAUGGGGUGCUUUUCAUUCAACCCAAAAUUCCGGAAAUUGCGGAAAUUUCGGUUGGUACAUCACAGGGAACGGACCAUUUCGGUUUGGUCCGACCGGAAUACUCGGGACCAGCUUUGAAGGUGGUCCACUUUGACCGGUCACUGAUCAUUUCGUUCGGUCGGACCGAAAUGACCCUAUCCAGUUGACAAAAUUGUUGUCCCCAGUACCGCUCUUUUGUAACCUGCUUAGAAGAAUAAUAACCAAGCGUGCGGUGGCUCGGGUCGAGUCUGUGCAACCGGAAUGUACCGUUCCAUUUUGCACGUGGAAUUUCCGAAAUUUCAAACCGGAGUUUUUGUUAAAUGGAAUGCACCCAUGUUUUAUAUAAUUCUUUGUCCCACGUUCGCUACAAACUGAUGAUCACAUCCUCUUUCUCAUUGACUGACAGGUGUAUGUGGAUCAGAUUCAUCAUGAUGUCCAUGCCAUCACCAGACACAAUCCAGAUCAACGAAAGACUGUUGUCUUAGUGGCGCAUUCAGCUUUUCAUCACCCUUCUGAAGACCUGCAGCCCACCAUUCAAAGACAGAAUAUUCACAUGGGUGGAAUCCCACCACUCACCAUACCAGGUUAUUUGUGCAUAUAUAUUGCUGCAUGGUUUUCAGGUGUCGGAGCGAAAAAGCGGUAGUGUUAAGAGUGUGGCAUGACAUGUGGCGAGAAAGUGACGUAAGCUUCGCAAACCGGUUUUAACUGGUAAAACCGAGAGAGACUGGGAAUUAAACUGAGGGAGGGAGAGGGGCGAGUGGUGAAAAAGAAACAUGUAGCGAGACAAGUACGGGAGUUGUUUUAAACCGUUUCAUUUUAAAAUCUCCGCGACAGAAGGUUACGCCAUCGAAAAUUAAAAUCUAAACUAUUCCAAUAAAUUUAUGAAUCGAAGAAAUGAAGGGAGACAAUUAUUCAAAUAGUCUCUCGAAGAUUUCGUGUCCGUGCAGUAUUUGUGUACUUAGUUAUCCGGAGAAUUGUUCUUCACCUAAGCUUAGAGAGCUUUGUAUGGCAACGCCAUGUUGGUGUCACGCCGUGGGGUCCGAACAUGUGAGCCGUCAGUAAAAGAAACAUCUUCCUCUGUGUUUUUCUAAGAAAAUAAGGAGUAAUCCCUCUAGGGCUCAACGAAACCCAUGAAUUCUUCUCAUUAAUUCCAGCAAUUUAUACAUUAUCUGAUUCAGAUACAGAUCAAAUAGUUACUGUCCCAGAAGUCUUCGCCAAAGUUAAUUCCGCCCAGUUUCCUUGUUUAUAAAGUAGCGAAUUAUCAAAGCGGAGUCUCAAAACUCUCUUCAAUUGAUCACAAUACUCUGUGCGCUUUCCAUUUACCAAGAAAUUCAGGAAAUUCUGGUUGAAAAAUUCCCGGGAAUAAGUGGGAUUUUGAAAAAGUAGUCCUCUUUUCCCGUUGGAAACUUUCCGGUGGAAAUGCAUGUUCCAUUUACGAGUUUUCACGAGGAAUCACCAGUUCGAGGCUAUUCACGGCGAUAUCUGUGUCACCAUUUUGAAUUUUGGUGACGAGAGCGUGAAAGAAUGGAACUUGUGUCAAAUGGAACACGUUCUUCGCUCGAUGGACCUUUCCUUGGAAGUUUCUCAAAGUUUUUGGUAAAAGGAAAGCGCCUUAUGUGCUGCUGGUUUCGGAUCAGCUACGUCGUUAAUGAAUACAAGACUUUGAUAGUGAUGUCUUUUAAUUGAAUAGGUGAACUAGAGGAGGUCAUUUUCGAAGCAAGAUUGAUGCGCAAGCUAGACACAAGUGAUUUUAGUGAAGACGCAGAGUUCAUUAACGGUCUCCAGUCACACGAGGUCGAAAUACAAAGACAUGUCCCUCUACACAAAGCCAAGGUAUGAAUCGGGCGCAGUAAAAAAAAAGGCACUAGUGAUUAGCGCAAGAGAAAUUCGAUAUUCCUGUGCACUUUUUCAAAGAGAAUCCAUUUUGCCGUGACUCUGUUGACCUACCGAGAAAGACGAAUAGGGCUUCAACGAUACGACCAUGCCACCAUAUAUGUACCGCGAUAUUUGUUCACAUUUUUAUCGAUAUUUGAACAAGAAAUGACGAUACAGUAACAUAUGCUGCAUCGAAACAAUUUUAAACUCACUGUUUAUAGUAUUCCUGACCUUACAUGUAACUCUGUAUUUUUGCAAAGCGAUUUAUGUUGAAAACAAAUGAAAGGGCAAACCAUCCCUGCUUCGCAUGCUUUUCGUCUUAUUUAAGGAGGGAGAAAAGAUGCAAAACAAACGUAUGCUUACUAAAAUUUACCACUUGUCAGCUGUACUGUCUACUGCGCCUACAAGCAAUGGGAAGUGGUCUAGUUCCGCCCCGUACUGAAGCAUCGCAUCAUGUAUCGAAUCGUGCCUUUUGUAUUCUGAUCUGUAUCGUAUAAAAAAUCGUGGGAGCAUCAAAUGUAUUUUUUAAGAGCAAAAGAAAAAAGAAAAGAGGCCAGUUGGUCAGUAGUGCUUUUACCACAACUUGACGCCAAAAAAUUGAAGACUGAACGAUAAUCGGGCUGCUUUUUUGUCCUUCCAAGCAUUCCCCGCGAAUUUAGCCUGUAAUAAAGAACGCGGGGCGUGGGGGGGGGGGAAAAGGGGCCCUUCUCCCGCUACCCCAGAGAGCUGGCUCACAGGCUACCUUGUAUUCUUCUAAGGCUUUAAAAGUUAACGUGUACUCCGUUUAUACUUUUAGACCUGCCGUCCUGAGCGAAUAGGCGACAACACAUUUGAAGUUCAUUUUGAGAACUUUGCCCCUGGUAGUGUGGUUGCAUUUGACAUCACCAUGGAAAGCAAAGUGAAACAUGCUUUAGGUCAAUUAAGGUAUGUUUUGCAUAUAAAUAGCUAAUACUAGUUAAAUAAAGUGAUUGCCUUUGGUCCUUAACCAAGAUGGCCUCCUGCAGAACUAUUCUUUGUGACGUCACACAACGCUAUUCCCUUAGAAAGAGGGAACUGGGGAAAAAAGCGUUGCAUGACGACUCCAAGAACGGCAAGGAAAUAAAAAACUGCUUCGAGUUAUCGAGGGUUCGAGUUACCUGAUAGAGGGUAAAAUUACAGUAAAUGUAUGAAGAAAAUCAAGCGGAAAUCAAUUUUGGUUUGAAAGAUAGUGUGAGGCUUCGAUUAAUAUCGGGAGUUAACUUUAUUUUUAAUUUACGUUCUACAGACGACUGGCUGUGGAUUUGUACGAGAAAAGAUCCGGGAAUCAAGAGAGUUACAAAAAAAUCGAUGAAUUGAACGCGAUAAUCGGCAACUUGUCGUUGUCUGAUCUCAACCGCGUGCUGUACCGAGCGGAUCCUGAGGAGAGAGAUGAUGGUAAUGGGGGAGGAGUAUACGUUCUUCCCGAAACUGGAGCGUUGGUGUAUUGUGGUUUUCAAGGUAUGAACUGGAGUGUUUUGUGAUUUAUAGGUAUGCACUGUGGUCUACAAUCGUGCAAUCUAUUAAAUUUGUAUUUCCUGCCCUUCACAUGAUCUUUAUUCCAUGUUUUAUGCCUUUCACGGGUUAAGAUAAACUCAACAAAAUUGGCCUGCUUCCAUUGUAUAGAUUUCUUUCAUAACUGCGGCCUAUGAAUAUAUUCUUUUAUAUGAUGAUUAGUCCUUCUGACCUCGUUAGCAUGUGCAAAAUACAAAAGAAUUCUUACUUUCAAACGAUACCAGAAAGGCUAAUUUAGAUGCAUAUCAAAGAAUAGAUAAAUAGGCCACCGUUUUCUUAAUACUCUUGAAUAAAGCACGCAGUAAGUUUCCUUAAAUACUUUCCCCAGCUUACAAAAUCGCAUAUUUCUUCUCCUUAGUUAGCUCAAGAAAUGAAUACAUUUACAUCAACAUAAAUUCACUACAGACCUUGAUAAAAGAUUGUGAAAUCGUGAAGUCUAUUGCUAUUAGUUACAUUGGUCAUAUUGUGUCACAUUAAACGGAAUUCUCACAUUCAGGGCUGUGCUCUACGGUAGCCCACAUCACCUUACUUUUUCUCCAGGGCGACUAGGAAAUCUUAGGAGGGUAUUUUGUAAAAAAGGGUAUUCUGGGUCCCUUAGAUUUCAUGAGGUUCAGAGCACUGGCAAGUAAAGCCUUGACGUUACUCUAGUUGGAUUUCUUUCCCGGCAUAAUUAUUUGAGUGUCGAUGUAUUUGGCACGGAUGUACUAAUUUAGGGCACUAGUAAGUAUUUUUACAUCCCCGUCUAGAGACGGGACUUCCUUUUUAGUUGGUCAUUCAAACCGAGCGAAUGUCUAGCCGUUUGCAGGGCAGAGGCUUCUUUUAAGACCCUAAGUAUUGGUCCGGCCCUGUUAAUCGAGCCCACGUCCUUCCCCUCUGGAGUCAAGCGCUCAACCGACUGAGCUAAUUCUGCUGCGGUGUCUCUGAUUCGCUCAAUGUCCACAUUUUUGAGCACUCACCUUUCGCGGGUAUAUGAAAUCAAUUACCCCUGCACGUGGACACUAGUCCCUACGUGCCCAUGCCACUCGUAAUUUUUUUUGUAUGAGUGUUCAUGUACUCAUUUAAUUUUUUUAACCUAGGUCUUGAUCUAGGGGCGGUGCCUCGCAUGGGACGUUAGUCCCGUUGCACCUACCCCUUUUGGGUUUUUGCUUCUUUUUUUUUCUGUUUUUUUGUGUGUUGUAUUACAAAUUUAUAUUGUAUUCACUAGAGGAGCACCCAAUAAAGCUGUGAAAAAAAAACUUGUAUUAUUCAUCAUAGGUAUAAUAUCUGUUCUGGCCAAUGUUCGUCAGUUUAAUGAUCUGGCGCAUCCUCUGUGUAGAAACCUCAGAGAUGGAGACUGGUUGAUGGAUUAUGUUGUAACAAGACUUAUGCCUUUUAUUGGUACCAGACAGGUCAGUCAUUUAAAGUUUUUGUGAAAUUGCCUGAUGUUGAAACCAUUAUGUAUUCCCAACGAAGGGGAUUUGUUGGAGAUGGUCCAUGUUUAACUAAUACUUUUCUGUUGUCGGACAUGAUGAUAUCAAAGGCUAUAAAACUGUGAAAGGUUUGAACCCAGGAGUCAUAUCAAAAGGUUGAGUUUGAUCGUCCGGGUGAACGUAGUCCUCAAUAGGACUGUUGUUGUUGACAGUGACUGACGUUUCGACAACCUGUGCGGUAGUCAUCUUCAGAGUCAAAGGGAGUUGUGUCACGUCAGUUGAUGGUAUUAUACUCUGGUUAUUGAUCUGAUUGGUCAAUUAUGUCGCGAUGUUAUUGGUCGUCUGUCAGUUAAGCCGUGAUGUUAUUGGCUAUGAAGACUCGUAAUCAGUGAUUGGUGCGUUUCGAUCCGUCUAUUGUCACAGUUAAACAGUCGUCUAUUGUUAGUCAAAUUGUCAGUUCUCCAGUUGUUCUCUCGUAGUUAGUUUUCCUUGAUCUCGUCAAUAAGUCGUUUGUACGGCGCUGGUAACUGUUGGCUACGAUUCAGUGGCGUUUGUUCUAAGUUAGUAAACCAGCUUUCUAAAGUAAGACGUUGAUAGUAGUCUGUAGAAUACGUUAUACAUGUCGCAGAGUCCCAGUCAAUUUGAUGUUUCGUCUUUAAAUGGUGCUCAGCAAUGUGAUUGUUGACGUCACCAUUCCUCGUCGCGCGUUUGUGUUCGGUCAGUCGCGUGCUUAGGUUUCUGCCGGUUUCACCAAUGUAAGAAGCCUGGCAGUCGCAGCAUUUGAUCUUGUAUACUGCUCCCUGUCUGUCCUCCGGUUUGUCUUUGUCCUUGACAUUAGUAAGCAGUCGCCGUAAAGUGGUUAUCGGUUUGUGCGCAACACGUAUAUUGUAAGGUUGUAAUAUACGUGCAAUAGUUUCAGAGGUGCCUUGAUGUACGGUAUAGUCGCUGUCGUAACAGGGCCAGAGUUUGUCUGAGAGUUGUAAUCAGUGUUACUGUGAGUGUUCCGUCUAACAAAGUCCGUGUUGUAAUUGUUCUUACUAAAAACGUUUUUAAGAUAAUCAGUCUCGUCUUGUAGGCUGUCAUGUGAGUCGCAAACUAGUUGCGCUCGUCUCGUCAGAGUCCGGAUAGUAGUAGCCUUGUGAGAGGUCGGGUUGUACGAAGACUGGUCUAGUAAUCGGUCGGUAUGUGUCGGUUUUCUGUAAAUAGUCGUUUUUAGUUUGUUGUUGUCGCGAGUGACCAAGCAGUCUAGAAAAGGUAUCUUACCAUUUUCUUCGAUCUCCUUGGUGAACUGUAUGUCCGCGUUCUUUCUGUUAAGGUGUUCGUGAAAAUCGUCAAUUCCGUCUUUGUGUACGGCGGUGAAUGUGUCGUCAACGUAACGUAACCAAAGAGGUACAGUUCGCGUGUAGGUAGCUAGGGCUUGUUCCUCGAUGUUUUGUAUGACAAUUUCUGCUUCAACAACAGAAACUGGAGAGCCCAUAGCUGUACCGUGUAACUGUUUGUAGUGUUUGUCGUUGUACUGAAAGUACGUCGAAGUCAAACAGAGGUUGAGUAGUCCUAUUCAGGACUACGUUCACCCGGACGAUCAAACUCAACCUUUUGAAAGACUAUAAAGCUAAUAAACAUCGUAGGGUGUACAAUAAACCUAAGAUAUUCGCAAUUCAGUUGUAAGUUUGAUUUACACACUAUAUUUUUUGUCAUAAUCCUACAGUAAAAACAUCGCACGUGCAAAAUUGUAGAUCGUAUAAGUUUCUUAAGUUUGUUCGUCUGGGAUGUAUCUUUUAAAAUCAGGAAAUAGAGAAAGACAAAGGCUUCUCUAUUUCCUCUGACAGGAGUUUCUGUUUCAUUCAGUUUCUUAGCAAUGGUGGUUACCAUAGUAAUGAGGGCCUAUGGUCAGUUAUCUCGAUUAUAACGAACUUUGUCCAUUUUGAAGUCCACAAGGAAUUUUCGAAGAACGCUUGAACAAAAAAUCUUGAAGUUUGAACAGAAUUUGUAUUAUGUAGAUCCAAUAACCCUUUUGUGAGCGUGAAUUUUUAACCCACAUCAGUUCUGGUAAUUCCUCCAACAGUUGGGAGUUUGGCUUGACAAAGCGUUUGGGCUGGUGAAGGAAUGUCCUCGUUAUCUCGUACCAUGCUAUUUUGAUGCUAUUGUGACUCCACUCUUUCUCAAAUUACUGGAGAGUGCUUGGGCACAAAUGUCAAGGUUUGUUUUCUUAUGCAAAAUAUAAAUCCUGUGACAUUGUUCGUGUUUGUAGCUGCUCUAAGGAUAAGAAUAAAUUCUCAGUAGACUACCUGUAAUUACCAUAAUUCCCUUCCUUUCAAAACGCCGUUAUCAAUACAUUCAAUCACAUAUCCCUUACUCGAAAUUCUGAAAUGAUUUAAGCUAAUCGCGUGGCUUUGUAUGUUUUUACUUUUCCCGCGGACAUAUUGUUGUGUUCUUUAUAAUCAUCUUCGGUGAAAGUGUUGGGUUGAAAGCCGCUUGAACCUCUCUCAUUCACAGAGGCUUUCUCUGAGUAUUCCAAUAAAAAAGAAAUGAUUGGAAAAAAACAAUAAUCGCGCGGUGGACGAUGGGAAGGCUUUCCUCUCUUUCCCCUGCCCAUCAUCCCCCGCGCUUUUUUUCCCCUUUGAACAACUACUAUACUUCUGUUCUGUUCAAAACGUCGUCAUCCAAUUCGAAAUUCUGACUUUUUUAUGUUUGCAUUUGUUCAUGGCUGGGUAAAACUUUCCACUGGAAAAAUCAUUAUCCAAUGGAUAUUUACUGAUAUUAACGUACUUUUUAUUGGACAGUGCUUUCUCUAAGCAACCGGGUCCUGGUGUUUGCAUGAUGAUUUUGGUGACAUUACCCUGAUAUGAUUUUACAUUUUGUCUCAGUUUUGUUAAGAAUGGCUCGUCCUUCCUCAAGACUCUUGCCCUUGGCUCGCUCCAGUUCGUUGGUUUGUGUGGCUCGUCCUCGCUUCCUGUUCUGUCACCCAAACUGUAUCAUGGUCCAACAUCCGGGUCAGCUAUGCCCACGCUGAUGUCAAUGGCAGCGGGCUUGCCUCAUUUCUCCACUGGCUUCAUGAGAUGCUGGGGAAGAGACACCUUCAUAGCCCUCCGAGGCUUGCUGAUUAUUACUGGGAGAUACCAAGAUGCAAGGUACCCGUUUUAACAUUUUGACCUUGUUCUAUUGCGAUCAACCGUUUCUAGAGAAAUAGGAUUUGGCUGAGGUUGCCAAUUAAGCCUGCAGUGCGACCGGUUUUCAUUAUUUCAGUGUAUAGAUCAUCACAGACUUUUCGGCACACUCGUCGUCAGUUGAAGCACGAAAAUAAUGGCGAAAAGAACGGUUUUGUUGCUUGGUAACAGGUCAACUGUAGCAAAGGCAAACUGCUGACAUUGCGCGACGCCACCACUGGUUUCCCCGCGAAAUGACGUCUGAGAAACAAGCGCAGAAAUUCCAUACUGAUGACGCGUCACUACCCAGAUCUGGACAGUGCUCCUGAUUGGUUGAAAGAAUUUUCAAUCGAUCAAAAGCUUUACAAACGGGUUCGGGAUAAUUAAAAUUUUACUGGUAGGAUAUUAGCAUCAGUAAAGAGAGAGGCAGCAUAUUCAUGUCUCUCUACGGAAAAUUUAAGGAUGAAAAUGUUCUUCAGGUAGCGAUUUACUCGCAAUUUACUCUUCGUCCAUAAGAUAUAUAGGGGAAAUUACAGCUUUAUGGUAGUGCAGUAGAGAAUUUGGUGACACAAAAUGUCUACGUUUCGCAAUAAUACCAACUGUUUUACUUAUUUUCACUGCAAUGUGUUCAAUAUGGUAUUUUAAAAAACACUGGUUGUUUACCAUUUACACGGGCAAACCGCUCGGUUCACGGUUUAGGUAAAUUGUAGGCAAAAUUCAGGACUGGUUAAUUUCGUACCGGAAUCGCGUUUACCGUUUGUACAAAUCAGUUUCAUUUUCCGAAAAACGGCUGCGAGGCGUGAAACUGGUUUCAAAGAUGACUUUGAAGAAAUGGGACACGAAUUUUCAGUUUGGAACAUUUUGUCCGGGAAGAGGACUACCUUUUCAGAUGUUCCGUUGCUCUGGAGCGACCCUGAAAGUCGUGUUCCAUUUACUCUCCAAACGGAUUCUCCGGAAGCUUUUUGUAGAUGGUAAACAACCACUCACACAUCGAAUUAACCUCUACAUCUUACGACAUUUUCACCCCAGACAUCACAUUCUGGGUUACGCAGCAUGUGUUCGCCAUGGACUAAUUCCAAACCUGCUGGAUGGUGGGCGUAAGCCUCGAUACAACUGCAGGGACGCAUCUUGGUGGUGGCUUCAGUGUAUUCAGGAUUAUUGCACCAUUGUCCCGGACGGACUGAAGAUCCUUUCUGAUCCUGUGUCCCGGAUAUUCCCGUCAGAUUCUUCGCAGCCACAGCAGCCAGGAAAAUGCGUAAGCUAACAAACUAAACCUAGGGUGCUUACUAUUAUACAAAAAUUACCCGGGUAGAAAUCUUGUUCAUAAACAUAAAACUAUAAACGUUUUGUUGCCAGAACGAUCUCCUCAAAGUAUAUUCAAAUCAGCUAAACAGACUCAGAAGAGUAGAAAAAUUGCCUCGCUUCAAAUCACAGCUUUUAUUUCCUGAAACUUCCAAACGAAAUGGUGCAAAGCAUUUGAUUUUCCAAUUGGAAUUUCCUGUUUUCCGAUGUAAAUGGUAAGAACCCCAAGUUUCCUUCGCAGCUGUUUUUGUCUCGUCACGCUCCUUCCCAAGAAACUUGGGAAAGAGCGUUGCGUGACGAUACGGCAACGGCUGCGUAGGACCAGGACAAGUCAGAAGGUUACGGGAAAGGAUCAACACCGGACCGGUAACCAGGGUCUUCAAAGAGAUGUGAGAUCAUGGUGGCCGUGAUAAAGACCUGGUCAUGGUUCAGAUGACCUCGUCUUGGAGGGGUGACGUUAAAUGCGUAAUAUCCAGACGCCAAUUCUCCAGACUGAUCUCCAUACGUUUUCCUUAAAUAAUUAUUUAAGAGAAUUUGUUGAACGAUCAAAGUAUUUUUGUGAACUUUUUUUCUCAAUUAUGUAUUGACAUUAUUAGGAGGAAAUUGAUCUUGAACCAAUCUUUGUUUAAGGACCAACCCUUGUAUGACGUCAUUCAAGAAGUUAUGCAGCGACAUUUCAUUGGCAUCAGUUUUCGUGAGCGGGGGGCUGGGCCAGAUCUGGACAGUCACAUGACAAGUGCAGGUUUCAACGUCACUGUUGGUGUCCGGGAGAGUACUGGGUUCGUGUUUGGUGGAAAUCGAUGGAAUGCUGGCACGUGGAUGGAUAAAGUGGGUGAAUCACACAAGGCAGCUAACUUUGGAGUACCAGCUACACCAAGGUGAUUGCUAAAAAUAAAUAUUUUCUCUUUUAACUUACACCUCCCUAAUCUGGGCAUCUAAGAGUUGUUCCCUGCCAUCAUUCUUUUGUUUUCUUUGCUUUUAUGUUUGUUUAACGUGGAAAGCUCCCUAAACUGGAAAGCUUGAGUAAACUACGGUUGUAACUUUAUUUGAUUUACCACAACAUACAAAUGACGACAAAACAAGACAGUUACACAAAAGCAAAUGAAAGUGGCGAGGAAGCCCAAAAAGAACCAUGAGGCUUAUAGACAUUGGGCUCCCUCAGAGUAAAAAUAAAGUUAACAGUAACAGUAAGGCCAGGAUCGAAAGUAAAAUACAAUGAAGGUAAGUAUAAAUUAAGUAAUUACAAAGACUGAGUUGACAAAAUAUAAGGUAUGGUACAUGUAACAAUAAGUAUAAAAAUAAUAUCAGACAUGUGAAGAAAUAUAACUAUUUACUACAAGAUUUAUAACUAAUAAUUCAUAUAGAAUUUUUUUUUCAAUUUCGUUUUGAAUGGGUGGAGAGAAUUAGAUUCUUUAAUAUCAUUUCCUAUAGAGUUAUAAGAAGUAGGUUGGCCGUUCUUCAGACGUUUUCUUUUACUCUGUUCAUGUCGGACAAAUCAGUUAACUGGACGUAAAUCUAGAGUUAGUCCCUACCAUUCCUCUUCCACUUCUUCUUUCGUUUUUUUUUUCUUCGUUCUUUAACUGAACUCCCUGAACUCAUUCUGUUGGAAUAAUCCACUUUAAAUGUAAUAUCUUUAAAAAUUGCGGCGUCAGAGCUGCUUUUUUCGGUGUAGUUUCCGAAAUAAACAUGAACACCUUAUGAUGAAUGGUCGGUGCGUUUUUGUUUCGACCCUGAAUAUUGAAGUUCAAAAGUAUUUGCUUAGCGCGACUCUUAAAAGUAUAGAGAAAAUUACCCGAGAAAAUGCUUUCGAAUAAAAGAAAAAGAAAUCCGGAUUGUAAAUUUUAAAUUUUAAACAAAUUAACCUCCUGUUAGCGUUAAUCGGCCUUCGAACAACUGAGCAAAGUGUAAAGAGGUGGUAUCUAAUGAUAACAUUCUAUGGAAUGUCUCUUGUUUCAGGGACGGGAGCGCCGUGGAGAUUGUAGGUCUUUGCAAGUCAACUGUUCGCUGGUUAGCUGAGUUGAGUGGGCAGAAGCUGUUUCCUUAUGCUGGCGUUUCCAAACUUCAAGACGGUAUAUCUUUGUUAUGGGCCUUAUUCACACGGCGGCCAUGUUGUCCCAAGAGACAGAGAAAGCUUUGUUUUACAUAUACCACCCUCGCAGUGAAAAACGUGGGAGCGAGGUUGGGCAGGAAAAACAAAGCUAUUUCAGUCUCUCGGGACAAAAUGGCCGCCGUGUGAAAAAGGCCCAUGAACAAGGCCACAAUAUCCACAUACAAAUUCUCCAUACUGAUCUGCAUAUAUAGAUAAUCAUUUUAUUAAUUCUCAUUGCCUUUUCUUUUGACAAUAUAGUGAUAUUUUGGGGAGAAAAUUGAUGUUGUUCACUCUUGGGACUUAACGGUUCAAGAUAUACCUACCCUGCGAGCAGAGGCUACAUUUUCGCUGUGUGAAAUGUCGUACGCCAGCUCACACAGCGAAAAUGUAGCCUCUGCUCGCAGGGUAGAAAUUAAUACCACGAUCUAAAGUUAGUAUCUUGUAAGGGGAAAAGCCCUGCAUCCUUGAAGCUCAGUAAUGUAGGAGCUGCCCGUGAGGUGUUUCCUCAUUGGUCGCAGAAAACAAUAACACAUCAUUGUUUAUCAUUAUUUGCCAUUGUUUUACGGUUAGGGUAUCGAACCAAUUGGCUUUUAGGGUUAAGGGAGCUGCUACAUGACCAUUGAAGCUUACCCAAGUUCAAUAAGUAUAGGCGUUGUAAAUAGAAAAAGGUUGUGUUGGGGUCCAGUUCCGGCAAAGGCGAAUUUAUCCUUUUCCUUGUAAAAGUUUGCCACCAAGUUAAACGAAAUAUAAAAAUAACGGCUUAAAACAGUCAAGUAGCAUUGAAAUAACACAACAAACGCCGAAGAAGGCACAGAGGGGAAAAACUGAAGACAAUAAAACGGAUUGCUAUCGGGGUUUUUUAAACUGUUCAGCCCGGUAAGUUUUCAAAACUCAAAUGUAACGCUUGCUAGGCAAAUGUUUUUGUCAGAUAGCUAUGACGUGUUCAUUCAGAGUUUUUUCUUCGCUAAAAGAGUCAAUUUGUAGCCUGAGAAAACAGCCGACAUUUUGCGACGCCAAAAAUGUCGUCACGUCACUACCCAGAUCUAAGUAGUGCCUCUGAUUGCUCUUGCCGCGUGGACAAUCUGCUUCAGCCAGUCAGAAGCACUACCCAGAUCUGGGUAAACUUGACACGUCUUCAAUAUGGAAUUUCUGCGCUCGCUUGUCAGACGUCAUUUCGCGUGGCAAACAGUGUUCUCAGGCUAAGUCAACUUGAAGCUUCAAAAGCAAGGUUAACUGCCCACAGAGUAGCUGGAAAUUUUUAGGUUAGUUUUGUACACUGUACACUGAAUAUGCGACUUUUCUGGAG